UGGCUUUACGCAGCAGCAGCACCAGAUCCCGGCGGAAUCCGCCCCGCGCUUUCCCUCUGGCCUUUUCGCUGCUAACUUUUUCCAACUAAGUUUAGCUUUUGGAUCAAGCCGAGGAGCGGCGCGAGGCGACUUCUUCUUUCUUCUUUUCUUUUUUUCCCCCUAAGGGGAGGACGGGGGCGAGGAGGGUUUUCUCGGGACGGAGGCGCCGGGGCUCGGGUUAGGAAAGGCGCAGAGGCAUCCAGCGGGGAGGAGGCGGGAACGGCCUGCAUUGGAAAGGGGUCCUCCCCAUCCGGAGCGACCCACAGGCCGCCCACGCCGCCGGGGUCCUCUUCGCCAUCCCUUUGGCUUUGCCCCCAAUUCAGCAGAAGAAGAGCCGCCCGCUGCGCGGCAUCCACGGAGCUGCCAUGAGGCUGUGGGGUUUGCUACUCGCAGGUGAGUCUCCGCCAAGGAUCGGGGUCGCGGCACCUGCCUGUCAAAGUCCUGGCAGGAUGGCCAGGAAGGAGGGAGGCAGAGAAUAGGGAGCCUCAUGCUUGAAAGGAGGGAGAACUUCACUUUUGAAAUUGGUGUGUGUGUGUGUGUGUACCAGGAUAGUGACUUUUAAAACUAUUUUUUAAAUCGAGGAGGGCUUGAGGGCUUCUUACAUCUUUUCUAGAGUCUGCAUCUCAAGACCACUGCCUCCGUGCCACCCUUGCCCUUCCCUCAGGGUGGCUGCGGGGGGUGCCCAAACCAGAGAAAUCACCUUUUCUUCUCACACAAAUGCCCUGAUGGUUGUCCUCAGUGUGGCCGCUCAUCCUGGUGGGGCACUGCCAGGUUUCUGCUUGGCCUGAUGUGCCCUGUUUGAGGGUUGGGGGCACCUCUCUGAGAUUCCCCAAAGGACAGGCUUCAAGAUGGUAUAAAUAGCGUCUGGUGGUCUUCCUCGCAGGGCAUAUAUUCUUAACUCCUACUUUCUACUUGGGGCAUACGGUGGUCUAGAUUAUAUUGGCUAAAGUGUGUGUGUGUGUGUGUGUGUGCUGAUAUUGGGGUCCUAUCUGCCCCAUUCUACAAUGCCUCACUGCUUGAGGGUUGCCAGCAACUGCCAUGUUCCCCCAACAACAAGAUUCUAUGGUGGAGAAGGCUGCACCUGUUGAUUUGCCACUUAGCAGCCCUACCUCCGCUUCUCUCAGACAAGCGGCCCAAUCCUAUGCAGGUCUGCACGGAAUAAACUUUCAGAGGUUGUGGAGGAACCCCCUGUGAGCAGCAGCUGCAUAGGAUUGCACCUUACUUGUGUCUCAUACGGAGGCUAAGGAUGUGGGUGAUGUCUGGAUGGUCCAUCUGCUGCCAGCGGACACCUGUUUUUGUCUCGUUCACAAGAUCACACCAACAUACUCUUGUGUUAAGUAAUCGGAAGUCAGUGCCUUCCAUCUGCACGCUGGACAAUCGCUUAUGCAUGUUGAAACCUCCACUUUGCCGACGGAUAUGUAAUGGGAAAGAACCCAUUCCGGUUCUGGGUGUGCAACCACAAGCAUUCAUUUGAACGACGCCGAGGAGUUGCUAAUCUGCGUCAAGUGUUCUUGGGUGCGUACCCUGAGAGCUGAUGUAACAAGUUAAACAUUUGUAGAGUAAGGAGCCUAGGCUUUGGCUGAAACCAACCAUAUGGGGUCGUGGCAAUAAGCAAAGACAAAAUUAGAAGGAGAGUAAAAAUGUGUGUGUGUGUGUGUAAGUAAGUGAAUAAUGUCUGUGUGUAUGCAUGGAAGAGAGAUGCCUCUAUAUUUGGCUUUAGUGAAAUGUUUCAGCCUCUGAGAAGUCACUUCGUCUCCCUUCCCCUUGGUUCUUGAACUGGGGCUUAUCAGCAGUAGGCUGAUAAUUUAAUUCUGGGUUAAGUGGUUUGGGAUAAUUAUUAUUGCCCCCCAGGUCAGUUUUCACCAGCCUGGCGCCCUCUGGAUGUUUUGGAUGACAGUGCUGGCUGGGGAGGGGGUCAUAGGGACGUCGUCAAAAACAUCUGGACGGUACCGGGUUUGCGAAAGCUGCCCUUGAUUCAUUCUUACCAUCACUAACUCCCGUUUCACUUGGCAGUAGCUGUGUAUUGAAAGAAUAGCAGGGAGGGAAACCCACCAUUGGCUCCGAGAUGUUAAGGGGCGGCUGUAGGUGUUCAUUCUCAGGGCUACUUUGAUGCUUGGCACACUGCCGUUGCCUCACCAUUUUAGCAACUAGGAUGGCUAAAGACUAUAUAUAAGUGAUGGCUCUUCCUGCCCUUUCAGGGUGUGCGUAAUGAGUUGGGUUGGCAUCCUAAACCGUGCUUGCAAACACGAAUCGGCCUGCUAUUCCAGUUUGUUCAACUUAAAACAGUACGAUAGACAGUCUAUAUGUGGGGUGAGGAAUUUUAAACAUGCAUCUUCGGUGGCAGCGUUGCAACCACCCCACCUGCAUCGUUUUGUCUCUCCGUGCCCCUUUCCUGCCUCCAGAGUAGGGUGGGCGCCUGGUCUGCGUACUCCCACCCUCCAUUCCCACCCAACCUUGGGUUGGGGGGAGCUGCACUCCCAGCCCCACCAGCUGGAGUCUUUGUCCCUGGCUCCCUUUGAAGCUCUGGCUCCAGGGGAUUUGAGGCUCAGAGAGCUGGCAUGGAGCCUGGGAGCAGCCUUGCAAUGUGAGAAGGUUGGGGGGGGGGGCGCUAACAGGAAGGACCCACACUUGCCCCACCUCAGCAGCUGUAGAAGGAGUACCGAGUACCGAGUGCCGCAGUGUUGGGAAUGUGCUGGCAAAGGAAGGAAUGGUGCUUGAAGUUUUCUUCAGCUGCAGGGCCAUCAUCUCUCUUCCCCCCAUCCCAUGUUUCCCUUGCCAGUUUGCAGUGAAGUGGAGGGGCAAGGUUUGUGUGCAAAGACCGCUUGGCAUCCAGCGGGACCCAAACUUAUCCGAGCUGCGAUCUCCGCUUGGUGCUGUGCCUCCGCCUCCCUCUUUUUAGCAGGCUCUCUGAUGGACGUGAGCUCUUAUAAAGCCAUCGUUUCACGGCUUUCGGCCCCCAGCCCCCACGUUCCUUGGCACGGGGCCAAGCUGGCCGGACAACAGAGCCAAUCCCUGCCACGGUUAUUUCUGGCAGGGCUGUGGCUUCCGCUCCCAGGCCCCAUGUAGUUGCUGAGGGCAGAGGAGGCGAGCAGAGGCAUUUCACGCCCCCCCAGCCCCCCCCCCCUUGCAGGGUGAGCAGCAGAAACAGGUGGAAGCGUCUGGUGGCGGAUGCCUAGCUGCAUGCGAAAGGAGAUGUCUAGGAACCUCCAUCUCUAGCGCUGCAGUUAUCUAUCUGCACUGGGCUGGGAUUGUUGCACUGCCAAGUCCUGGGUGUGUGGCCAGAUCAAAAUGGCAAAAAGACCCAUCGUACUGGGGGUGCCCCUUUAAUCUGAAUAGGGUUGGGCAACCUUCAUUGUCUCCCAGUACGUUUCCGAGCACAAUUCAAAGUGUUGAUGCUGACCUUUAAAGCCCUAAAUGGCCUCGGUCCUGUAUACCUGAAGGAGCAUCUCCACCUUCAUCAUCCAGCCCGGACACUGAGGUCCAGCGCCGAGGGCCUUCUGGCAGUUCCCUCGCUGCGAGAUGUGAGGUUACAGGGAACCAGGCAGAGGGCCUUCUUGGUAGUGGAAGUCCCUCCCACCAGAUGUCAAGGCAAUAAACAACUAUUUUACUUUUAAAAGACAACUGUUUAGGGAAUUUUUUAAUAUCUGAUGCUGUAUUGUUUUGUAUUGAUGGAAGGCGCCCAGAGUGGCUGGGGAAACCCAGCCGGAUGGGCGAGGUAUAAAUAAUAAAUUAUUAUUAAUUAUUAUUUAUGGUGAACUGACUAGAUAGGUUGCUGCUAUCCCUGUUUUCUCAAGGAGGAAUGGAGCAAUAGAGAGAGUAGGAUCCGAACCCAGACUUUAACAACUCUGGUUGAUUACUGAAAUAUACUCGGAGUCGUGUAGUGAUUUCAUGCUCUUUAUUGCAGCUCGUAGAACAGAAGUUGAAUUUUCCCCCCAAACCUCAGGCUUUAUAUACAUUAUUUACACAAUGGGUCCUGUCUGAUUGGCUGGUUCUGCUUCCCUCCUGGAGCCUGAUUGGGCUGCUACUGCAGGCCAAUCACUUGUUCCAUUCUAGGAUUCUACCGCCCUGAUAGGCCGAUUAACUUCCUCCUGGGGCCUGAUUGGGCUGCUCCUAUAGGCCAAUCAGUUGUUGCAUUCUAGGAUCCUACCUGCCUAUUGUUCUAGGAUCCAAGCUUAGUACAUAACAAUUACCAUUUUGUUUCAUUUAUUCUCCCCCUUCCUAUGAAUGGCUUCUGUGGGGCUCGAGUGGUUUGCCAUCCAAUGCAGUGAUUUGGUCCGCAUAUCUGCAGCAUCACCAAUUAUCUCGACAGAAGUGGUACUUCUAGCACAGUCCCUGGAGGUUUGGAUCACACUGACCUUCCCCUCCCCUCGUAUGAUUAAAAGCACUUUGGUAACUCUGAAGAACUGGCAUUCGUCUGUCUCCCAAAUGCCAUAGAUAUCCACCUAUCCUUUUAUUCAGGGCUAAACAAAGGGCUCAGCCACACUUCCAUAGCUGCUAGGUUUUCCAGGCUUUCCAGGUCUGUGUUUGAGUAGUUUCUAAUUUUUGCGCAGGGAAAGCCUGCAUUUUACUUGCUGAAUCAGAGCAAACAGCAACCGGGUUUUCCGCGGUUAUUGCCAUUUGCUCCGAUUCACCAGUAAAAUGUGGAUUUUCCUGGGGAAAGUGCCAGGACAAAAAAACAAAACUGUGUUCAGACGCAGACGUAGAAAUCCCAGACCUGUGCCUAGAGAGCAUGGAGCAAAUGUUAAGUGUGGAUGAGCCCCAAGUGUAACACGAGAGCUCUGCAAAUAGGAAUAGCUUUCAAAAGAUUUAACAGUAGCCAUCUGGACUGGGUGGCUUCCAUUGGAAUAAUGGGAGUUGGUAGCGCCUAUUUGCCCCACAGGGCAAAAUAAAGAGGUACCGGUAUGCUUAUAUGAUUUUCACAUCAAGAGGGGCAGCAAUGCAAAAAAAGCCGCUAUACAGUGGUACCUUGGUUCUCAAACUUAAUCCGUUCCAGAAGUCCGUUCCAAAACCAAAGUGUUCCAAAACCAAGGCACGCUUUCCCAUGGAAAGUAAUGCAAAACGGAUUAAUCCCUUCCAGACUUUUAAAAACAACCCCUAAAACAGCAAUGUAACAUGAAUUUUACUAUCUAACGAGACCAUCGAUCCAUAAAAUGAUAGCAGUAACCAAUGUACUGCAGUCACACAAUCAAUCCAUCAGUAGCUGAACUGGGUUCCACACAGUCACAAAAACAAAACAAAAAGAGCUGCAAAAACAAAAAACACAAAAUAAAUAGCAAAAACAGACAGACCUCAGCAUAACACUCAAAACGGAAGCAUGGCACUCAAAUUAGAAGCAUUGCACUCAAAACGGAGCACGUUCGGCUUCCAAAAAAAGUUCGCAAACCGGAACACUUACUUCCGGGUUUGCAGUGUUUGGGUAUCUAGUUGUUUGAGUACCAAGGCGUUUGAGAACCAAGGUACCACUGUAAUUCAGGAUGCUUACAGACUGCUGCUGUUUUCGGGUGGAAUUCAAUCACAUAUUGGCAAUUUCAGGUUGCACCAUUAUGUUUGACUGGGAGGUCUUCUUGUGAAAAAAGCCCAAUUUCCCCGAAGGCUUAGAUUUUUUGUGAUCAGGAAAGUGGCUGGGGGAUGCAUUGGGAAGUGUCUGACCUCCCCAUGAACAAAUCAGAAUGAAUGCUCAAUAAGUAGCUGGUGUCUUUCUAAUCUCCCUGCAAACAGAUCAAGACGACUGCCCAGUAAACAGGUCAUCUGGAAGCAACCUUACUGUGUUGACUCAUAAACCGAAGAACAAAAAUAAUAUUUUGAUGCCAAAGAAACCCAGAUUCUCUGUUCAAAACAAAGGAUGCUGAGAAGCAACAGUAUAACAGAGCUGGUUAAAUCUGAACGAAUGCUUGAGCUUUGCCUCAGGCUAAAGAGUGCAAGUUGUCCCUUUCCCCUCUCUGUAUGUAAAGGUUUGUUUUGGGGUGGAAAAGUAAAUAGUGACGGUAGGGUAAGUGGCGGUGUCUGUGAAGGGGUGUGCAUGAAGGGGCUUGACUGGAGGCCAAGUGAAACGAGCAAGAGCCCUGGAAUGCGCAAGAGUUCGGUGUAUUUGCCAAUCACUGCCUUUAUAUUGUCAAGAAAAAGAAAAUAAGACGGUCAAAGCAGCAGAUCAGAUGGGAACACCCAUAAACUGCUCUUAACAGGAAAACCUUUAUUGUCAAAAAAAUCACCUCAAAUGGAGUAAAUCGGAUAUAGUUUUGCAUAAACUGCAUCCUCAGGAAUCUGGAGGGUGGGGGGAAAUCCAGUUCUUAAUCAGAGUGCCUUGAUGACAUCGUUUCAUUAAAUUUGGGCAUUAUCCAGCUAAAUUAAGCUCUUGGGAGCGCUCCUGAUUUAAGUGGCGGUGCUGUGGGCUUAUUUCUGAGUAGAUAUGCAUAAGGUAAAGGUAAAGGGACCCCUGACCAUUAGGUCCAGUCGUGGACAACUCUGGGGUUGCGGUGCUCAUCUCGCUUUAUUGGCCGAGGGAGCCGGCGUACAGCUUCCGGGUCAUGUGACCAGCAUGACUAAGCCGUUUCUGGCAAACUAGAGCAGCGCACGGAAACGCCGUUUACAUUCCCGCUGGAGUGGUACCUAUUUAUCUACUUGCACUUUGACGUGCUUUCGAACUGCUAGGUUGGCAGGAGCAGGGACCGAGCAAUGGGAGCUCACCCCGUCGUGGGGAUUUGAACCGCCAACCUUCUGAUCAGCAAGUCCUAGGCUCUGUGGUGUAACCCACGUGCCACCCGCGUCCCUAGAUAUGCAUAAGACUGGGCUGUAAAUCUCUCUCCCUGAAAUUAGUGGGACUUUUAAAGUGCUCACCAGUGAGUAGACUGUGCCUUUUGAUUCCAGUUUGUCUGCUUGCUUUCAAAGGUACCUCAUGAUAGCUAAAACCUUGGUUUUUAAAAUGGACGAAAGCUGAGAUUGUCUAUAAUCUACAUUUUAUGUCCUCUCCUUAUUGGCGCCAUCUUUCUCUCUGUUAUGACCUCAGAUGCUGAAGUUAUAUCUUUCUAAUAUUUGGAAGUCCUAUCAUAAUCCUCUGGACUGUGGAGUUCCAUUGUCUUGCCAUUUUAUGGAUGCCAAAUCUUCCGCCACCCAACCGCUGACAGCAGUCUAGCUAGUGGGUCUGAUUUGCACUUGAACUCCAGUUAAUACAUAAGUACCAUCCCUCUACAUGCCAAGCUGAAGGAACUCUUCCAGAGAACUUUUUUAAAUUCAGUAUUCAUCCAGAUUUGCUUGUGCAAACUUUACACUAUGGUUGGACUAUGCCUGGCCUUUAUUGAGCAUUCAUUUUGAUUUGUUUACAAGGUGGUUAUAUCACAAGGGACAUUUGUCCAGAGGUCGCCAACGUGCUGCUCUACAGAUGUUGCCGGACUCCAACUCCCAUCAGCCCCAGCUAUCAUGAUCAGUGGUCAGGGAUCAUGGGAGUUGUAGUCUAACAACACCUGUAUGUCACCCUGUUGGUUACCCCUGGUUUACGGGCUGUUUGCAUGUCUUUCAGUUGAUCCUUUAGUCACCCCACACUUUCUGAGACAGUUCCUCUCCACUUUCCAAACCGCAAAAAGUCAGGUUUGUUUAUUUCUUUAAAGGGCAUAGCUGUCAACUUUUCCCUUUUCUUGCGAGGAAGCCUAUUCGGAAUAAGGGAAUUUCCCUUUAAAAAAGGGAAACAUUGACAGCUAUGUUAAAGGGGUGGAUUUGUUGUACAGUGGUACUUCGAGUUAAGAACUUCAUUCGUUCUGGAGGUCCGUUCUUAACCUGAAACUGUUCUUAACCUGAGGUACCACUUUGACUAAUGGGGCCUCCUGCUGCUGCUGCGCCGCCGGAGCACGAUUUCUGUUCUCAUCCUGAAGCAAAGUUCUUAACCCGAGGUACUAUUUCUGGGUUAGCGGAGUCUGUAACCUGAAGCACCUGUAACCUGAGGUACCACUGUACUAGGAUGUUGGAGUACUUUUACCUAUUUAAAGUUUUGGUAUGCGCUGGGAUCCCCCCCGGCAGUCUGGAAUCAGUCAAAAACUCCUCAUAUCUAUUACAUUUAAGCAUUUAAAAGCAUACAGUGGUACCUCGGGUUACAUAUGCUUCAGGUUACAUGCGCUUCAGGUUACAGACUCCGCUAACCCAGAAACAGUACCUCGGGUUAAGAACUUUGCUUCAGGAUGAGAACAGAAAUCGUGCUCUGGUGGCGUGGCAGCAGCAGGAGGCCCCAUUAGCUAAAGUGGUGCUUCAGGUUAAGAACGGACCUCCGAAACAAAUUAAGUACUUAACGCGAGGUACCACUGUAAUUGCAUCCAUCACCCGUAAGAUGAGGCGAACCUCAUGGACCCAGCCACAGUGUCCCUUGUUCUGUACUCUCUGCUCCUCUCUCUGCCUUCCCUGUCUCCACAGUGCUGGGGGGAGCUCUCUGCCAGGAGCCUGAGCCCCCCCAUGGCUGUUCCCAAGGCAGCUGCUACCCAAACACGGGAGAUCUGCUGGUAGGCCGGGCCGACCGCCUCUUCGCCACCUCCACCUGCGGCCUGCGGCGUCCCCAGCCCUACUGCAUUGUCAGCCAUUUGCAGGUGAGUGUUGCAGAGCAAAGCUUGGUGGGCAGAUUAUUUCUUUAAAGGACCUCUAUUCUGAGCCUGAGAGACUCGAUAAGGGAAAAGCAAACACUAGAAAACUGAGCACCGACCAAACUGGCAACUGAUGCUUACUUCAGCACUGGUAACAGGACAGCAUCCUCUGCUCUACCUGGAAGCGGCAGUUGAAAUAGAAAAUAAAAAAUUGCCCAGUAGCACCUUAGAGACCAACUAAGUUUGUUCUGGGUAUAAGCUUUUGUGUCCAUGCUUAAGAAGCGCAGACCAGGUCUGCUUCUUGCUACUCUUGGGAGAACUGCAGACAGGAAGACCCCAAUUCAACCUGGUCACUCCUUCUCUCAGCCUAACUCCUUGCAGGAGGCAGGAAUAAGGGAAAAACAUGCAUGCCUCUCUGAGUUCCUCACAGAAAAGCCUGGGUGUGGUUUUUUUUAAAUAAUAAUAAUAAUAAUGUUAUUUACUAUUUUUAUUUAUACCCUGCCCUUCCCAGUUCAAAAACUGGGCUCAGGGCGGCUAACAACAAAUUUAAAACACUUUAAAACACUUAAUUAUAAAAGCAGCAUAAAAUACGGUAUAAAAACAUGAAUAACAAUAAAAUUCAAAAAUCAGUUAGAUAAUCCCCAGGGCUAGCUGGCUGAAUUGUAAAAUAAAUAACUAAAAACAAAUAACAAAGAGGGUAGGGCCCAAGCCAAUGGACUUAAAUGAAAAGAAAGGGAGUUUUAACUGCACGUUAGGAAGAACUUGUUGACAGCGUGAACUGUUUGAGAGUGGAACAAGACUAACUUGGGAACUGCUGGACUCUCCUUUAAGAGGUUAUUGAGCAGAGUGUAGACGGCUCUUGAAUCAGGUAUGCUAAAACAGCAGAUCUGGUGGUUGAACUAGAUGACUUUGGAGGUCCCUUCCUGCUCUUAGAUUCUAUGGAAGUUUGCGUGCGCAUACAAAAACCCACAGGUCAUUGGCACCCUGUACCACUAGCUUCUGAGAUUUCACCUGGCUCUGCUCAAGGAGAGAGAGAGAGAGAGAGAGAGAGAGAGAGAGAGAUGAAAGUUUAGUUUCUUUGGAUGCUGUUUUCUGUACCAAACCCCUCCUUCGCCUGAGGAGUGUGAUCAUGUGGCGCAUGCAUAGCUCAGCAUACGGGUAUCUCUCUUGCAGGACGAGAAAAAGUGCUUCGUGUGCGACUCACGCCGGCCCUAUCAGGCCUUGUCCAAUCCUAACAGCCACCGCAUUGAGAACGUGAUCACUGCCUUUGCUCUCAACCGCAGGAAGGCCUGGUGGCAGUCGGAGAAUGGUAAGGAGCGGGGGUUUCAUCACAUGAUUCGAUUUUUGUGCAGCGUGUGUUCACUUGCAUACGUGUAUAUAUUUUUUGCUUACUUGCAUAGCAGGUUCUUUCAGCUACUUUUAAAAACCUUUUCAACCUGAACCACGAGGGCUAAAAUCUUGGGCUUAGGUCCAAAGGUUCUCUUCCUUCACCAGAAAGCAUCUUCCUCUGUCGGAAGAAGGGCACCUCUGAGUCCCACAAUUUUUCGGAAAUGAGACAUUUGAUUCUUGACUUCACGCACUGGACUCCACCAUGUUAGAAACAGAAGUCCACAGUUUUGGCUGUGACAAUGUUUCCUCUUCCUCUUUCUACAUUUGCCCGAGGGCCUUCUGGUGGUUCCCUCACUGCGAGAAGCAAAGCUACAGGGAACCAGGCAGAGGGCCUUCUCGGUAGUGGCGCCCGCCCUGUGGAACGCCCUCCCAUCAGAUGUCAGAGAGAUAAACAACCACCUGACAUUUAGAAGACAUCUGAAGACAGCCCUGUUCAGGGAAGUUUUGAAUGUGUGACAUUUUAAUGUAUCUUUAAUCUUUGUUGGAAGCCGCCCAGAGUGGGUGGGGAAACCCAGCCAGAUGGGCGGGGUACAAAUAAUAUAUUAUUAUUAUUAUUAUUAUUAUUAUUAUUAUUACCAUUUCUCAUCAAGUCUGCACACCCCACCCUAUAUGGUACAUGUCAGGGAUAUUAAAUUCCAUCUACAUCAGGCAAUCCUUCUUUAGAGGGAAGUUUGUGCAUGUGUGUGUGUGUCCUUUCCUGCUCUCGGGGUUGUGUGUGGCCCUGUGACAAGCCCUGUCGCCUCACAGCUGGGUGAACUCGCUGUGCCCCGGUUACGUGAGCCUGCAGAGAGUGCUCUUUGUCUGGGACAUGGCACGGCUGAGAGAGUGUCCCCAGAGCCCUGUUCCUUUCCUUUCUCUCCUACGCAGAGGAAAUGCUGAAUCAUACCCAACAGAGUCCCUUCUUUCCUGGACCUGGGCCAGGCGGGGGCGGGAGACAACAGAGGAGGGGCCUGCUACUUGCAGGAACACAGUGCUGCUUCCAGUUGUGGGAGCCUUGGCUCUAUCUAGCAGCCUGACCGUUUCCUUCCUGGGUCAUCCGCAUGGCACUUACACUGCUAGGGACCCCCUCCCUAAAAUCUGGUACCACCUGCACAAGAGUUUUCUGCAUUAAUCUAGAACAGUCUUCACCAACCAGGUGCUCUCCAGACGUUGUUUCGACUGCAACCACCAGCAGCCCCAAACCAGUGAUAUAUACUUUUUGGCAUGAGGUUGUCAUCCAUAUUUUGCAUUGGCAAAAUCCUUGAUAUUUGCAGAUAUUAAGUAUAGGCACUCAUCCACUCUUCCACUUGCCCCAGGUCUGGAAAGCAUGAAUCCAAGCAGAUUUGCCUUUGUCCCCGCUGCUCUUUAGUGCUAAAUCGGAACAAAUGGCAGUCCACAAAAAAACCUGAUUGCUGUUUGUCCCGAUUCAGCGCUAAACUGUGGGUUUCCCCAGAGAGAAAUUGGCAGUCUGAAUGGAGGUUUGGGUGAGCCCAUCGUCUCUUAGUGUAAGUCUCUGAGCUUGCAGUGGGCUUGCAAAUUCUGUUGCCCUGCUGUGAAUCUUCACGCUGCAGAAAUAUUAUUUUAAAGUGCAUUAACUGUAUCACUGUUAGUACAAGGAUUCACAGCAGGACAACAGAAGUGGAUUUUGAGAUCCCUUUGUGAGCAGUCAAUUUGUGCCUGGAAGGAUAAAUAACCACCAUCUAUUAUGGGACGGCCUGAGGACCUCACUGCCCUGGUUACAUUUGAACACACUUUUACAUAGACAUCAAUUUUUUUGGAAACCUAUUUGGAGGGCAUAUAUCAAUGUUUAUGUUUAGCUUAAGAUGGGUCUGUUGAUGGUUAUUUCACCCUCGGUGUGAGCUCAUGGUAGUACUGUUGUUAUUAUUAAUAAUAACAGUAAUAUUCAGAUAUUACUUUUUCUUUAUUUUAUGUAUUGUAAGUAUCCCCCCCCCUUUGUUAGAUUUGCAAAUUAAUUAAUCUUGAGUAGGGUGCAGAGUGGGCCUGGGAGAGGGGGGUGGUCUAGGGAGAGGCCUGGAGGGCCACAUUUUGGCCCUGGGCCUGAGGUUCCCUACCCCUGCUCUGUAUCAUUGUGGGCAAUUAAAACAGAAGUUCCCAGAGCUGAGUCCUAUUGGAUUGGCGAGGCCUGAAGCUGCCACGUACUUGCACUAGGCCUAACAGGGUGUUGGCUGGGCUUGUUGGGUUUCCCUCCUUUUCCUACAUGAGCCAAGCUUGCUCCCUGGAAAUGCACCCAACACAUUCUGCGUAGCAAGAUCAGUAGCGGUGAGUUAAGGGAUCUUCCCGCUGAGAAACAAGCCCCUGAGAAGCGUCUGAGAAACUCCUGAGCACGGUUUGAAAACUGGUUCCUUGUAGAAUGGAGUUUUGCUGAGGACUCUAGCACCGACCCCUCUCCCUAUGUGUCUGUCUCUCCAUUUUGUUUUAUUUUUACAAAAUUUUAUUAAUUUUUCCAAUUAUUUUUAACAAUAUCACAUGUAAUUAACUAAAAAAAAAGAGGAAAAAGACAGAUACAAGAUUCCCUUGUACCCUUAGACCUCCCUCCACCUUUCCAUGGUUUCCAUAUUUAACAUUUUUUGCUGCAUAUUUUAUCUCAUUUUACAUGAUAAAGCUAUUUUAGCCAUCUCACCACUUCCUUUUUCCUGUAAGACCAAUUGCAGUCGUUAACAGGUUUACCACACCUAUCAGCCAAUCACCCAUUCCUACCACCCUUCUGAGUAAUGCCUCUCCCCACCCUCUCACUAGAUUUAAGGGUCUGGUGACUUCUGUUUCAGUGUAUCUGAAGACGUGUGCAUGCACACAAAAGCUCAUACCAAGAACAAAUUUAGUUGGUCUCUAAGGUGCUACUGGAAGGAUUUUUUAAUUUUAUUUUUUGCAUAUUUUAUAUCCUCUAUUCCACUUAACGUCCAUAUCCUAAGUCUCUGUUAUCUUAAAAAGGUAAAGGUAAAGGGACCCCUGACCAGUAGGUCCAUUUGCGGCCGACUCUGGGGUUGUGGCGCUCAUCUCGCUUUAUUGGCCGAGGGAGCUGGCGUUCAGCUUCCGGGUCAUGUGGCCAGCAUGACUAAGCCGCUUCUGGCGAACCAGAGCAGUGCACGGAAAUGCCAUUUACCUUCCCGCCAGAGCGGUACCUAUUUAUCUACUUGCACUUUGAUGUGCUUUCGAACUGCUAGGUUGGCAGGAGCAGGGACCGAGCAAAGGGCGCUCACCCCGUCGCAGGGAUUCGAACCGGCGAUCUUCUGAUCGGCAAGUCCUAGGCUCUGUGGUUUAACCCACAGCGCCACCUGCGUCCCUAUCUCUGUUAUCUUACAAGUGUCAUUUAAGUCCUCAACUGUUUACAGGGGUCUGUGUCUGUCUCUCCAGGUGUGGAGCAGGUGAGCAUCCGCCUGGACCUGGAGGCUGAGUUCCACUUCACUCACCUCAUCAUGACUUUCAAGGUACAUCCCGGUUGGGAACAGGUGGGCUUCUUCUCCAGUGAUAGGGAUCCACGCUUCCUCAAGGACAUCAGAAGAACCUUGUUGGGUCGGACCAAAGGACCGUCAAGUCCAGCAUUGUGUUCUUGCGGGGAUGCAGAUGAGAAGCCCGCAAGCGGGACAUGAGAGCAGUAACGCCCUCUUGCCCAUGAUCCUCAGCAACCGUAAUAGUGCCUCUGAUCAUGGAGGUAAUGCAGCCAUCGUAACGGGUCAGCAUCCUGAACAUUAGCCACCAUCCCCCACGAAGCACGAGAUCCUCAGGAUGCAUGAGUGACUGUCUGUUUGCGUGUCAAGACCCCGCAGCCACCCCCUCGUUGGGAAAUAACACACACAAGGACACAGAUAUUGGGUUUAUGUUAUUGGGCAAAUUUGGCCACAACUUUAUUGAAUUACAGGGACGCGGGUGGUGCUGUGGGUUAAACCACAGAGCCUAGGACUUGCCAAUCAGAAGGUCGGCAGUUCGAAUCCCCGUGACGGGGUGAGCUCCCGUUGCUCGGUCCCUGCUCCUGCCAACCUAGCAGUUCAAAAGCACGUCAAAGUGCAAGUAGAUAAAUAGGUACCACUCCAGCAGGAAGGUAAACGGCGUUUCCGUGCACUGCUCUGGUUCUCCAGAAGCGGCUUAGUCAUGCUGGCCACAUGACCCGGAAGCUGUACGCCGGCUCCCUCGGCCAAUAAAGCGAGAUGAGCGCCGCAACCCCAGAGUUGGUCAUGACGACCUAAUGGUCAGGGGUCCCUUUACCCUUUACCUUACCUUAUUGAAUUACAGAAUGUGAGCGGUAUUGGCUUAGGCAUUGAUUGGACCUGACUAUAUCUGACUCCUGCCUGAUGCGCAGUAAGUCCGGUAAGGGUAAACCACUGGAUGGAGGAGCCCUGUCGAUGCAUACCAACUCGAGCUCCCCCUGGUGUUCCCGUUGGGGUUGUGUCAUGGCCCUAGCCCCUGACCCGGGCUUCGGACAAGAUCAACACCCCCGGAUUCCUUUAACGGAAUACCCUUGAGCUUGGAGGGGCAGGUGAUGGCCACACCUCCCCUCCCCCAUCACAAGGUCAAACAAUGCAGCCCUAACAAAGUUGUGAUGAUUGCUACGAGGUAGGUGAAAACCAAAUGGCCAGUGCCAAUUUGCCAAGUGGAAAAAUUCCUACCAGGCCCCUCAACGGCGACCAUAGCAAGGCCAGUGCCUAAAACCUGCAAAAUAGGGAGGGAGGGUGGGUGAUUGAGGAAGCAAGCCAAAGAGGAAGCCCUCUGGCUCGCUCCUCUGAUUAAAACGGACCUGGCCACCCCCCACCCCCCGGCCAGUGGAUUGGCUGGCUGGGCUCUGACGUGGCCGGGAUCCCCUGGGCAACGGGGGACAAAGUCCCCCGCCUCCGGUGAGAAGUGGGUGGCCACACGGUCCACCGCAACUCCUCCCCACUGGGAAGUGGAGCAGAUUUCUGCACUUCUCUGCCAUCCUGUUCAUUUCCUAACAGGGGGAGGAGCCGUAUAGCUUGGCAGUGGAGCACAUCCUUUGCAAGGAAGCGGAUGGCAUCGUAGGGUGACUCGCCCAAUCUCUGUCUGGCUGAGUCUCUGCAGCACACGGAGAUGGAGAGGGGGUUGCGUCGGUGCAAACGCCCUAGCAGGAGCACUGGAUUGUGUUUGCACCACACCCACCUCGCCGCCACCACAUCCCUCCUGGUCUGCUGCAGCAACUUAGCCAGGCAGAGGUCAGGUGAACGCCAAAGCCCCACCAUGCUGCUGGGUUUGCAGGCAGAAGCUCUCAGGUUCAGUUCCUGGCCCCUUCAGGUGAUCAGGUAGAAGGAGAUGGAAAAGGUCCUCUGCCUAAGAGCUAGCGGUAGUCAGCGUGAGCAUCAGUGGGCUAGGUGGAUCGCUGCUCUGACUCUAUAUAUUUCUAUGUUCACAUCAGAGAACAUCUGCUGCCCUUCUUAGGUCCAGGCCAGAUAUGACAUUAGUCAUGUGGUUUGUCCUUGCACGGGCAAUUAAAAAGAAAUGUAUGCACAUAGCCAACGUCAGGGUGUGUCUUGCUGGGUCCAUUUGCAGCUGUGGUGUGGGAAGAAGAGUCUUUAACCUUUUCCCCUUGCCACAGUCCCAGUUGGAAUUCCAGCCCCCCACAUGCCAGCUGUUCGCAAUGGAAAGAGAAGCUGCGGAGGAAUAGGGGUGGAUUUUUAUGUUCGAUUAUUUCCCGACGCCCCCAAAUGGGGGGAGAAAAUCAGAGGACGUUGUUGUGAAACUUUUUUUUCACCCUGCGGGAAUGAGCUGUGUUUAAAUUAAACGAGGGGAUGAUUAAACCGGCAUUUCCAAGAAUACGCUCGUAAACGCUUUGCUGCAUAACAAGUGAUUUGCAGGGCGGCUCGCUCUUUUAAUUUCGGCUUCGCACGCAGCUGCGACUUCGUUUUGCGCGUGAUUAUUGCUCUCAUUUGUCCUCGCUUCCAAGAGACAGGGCGGUAGCCAACCACUGCGUCCUGUUGGCGUGAGGAUGAAUGCUUGUGCAAUGGGGUCCCCGCUCCUGCCUGCGCCCUCCCCAAAUCUGCACCAGGUGAUUGGGGACCCUUCCCUAUGCUAUUGGAAUCCACCCAAUCCCAUGGAUGGAUUCCUUGGAGUUUUUUCAGCAGAGAGAGGAUGGCCAUCUGUCAUCGAUGCUUUAGCUGAGAUCCCUGCAUUGCAUUGCAGGGGGUUGGACUAGAUGACUCUGGGAUCCCUUACAACGAUUCAAUGAGCCCCAGCCAGCAAGGCCGUUGGUCAGAGAUGAUGGGAGAUGUAGUCCAACCCAUAGCAUUUGGAGAGCCACAGAGUUCCCAACCUUGUUCUAGGGCCCAUGUGCGCUCGUCCCUUGGCAACUGGUGCAUCAAGUGAUGACGUCCACGUACGAACAGGUUGCGUCAUAGCUCUAUCCUAUUCCACCCCGACUUACUAGGUGAUAGUUCUGGACGCAUGCAAGGAUUCCCAUUUUCCUCUACCCCUUGCAGACCUUCCGGCCGGCAGCCAUGUUGGUGGAGCGUUCGGCAGAUUUUGGCCGCACCUGGCAGGUGUACCGCUACUUUGCCUACGACUGCGCCGCCUCCUUCCCAUCUGCCUCCCGGGGACCCUUGCGGCGUGUGGACGAUGUUGUCUGUGAGUCACGCUACUCGGACAUUGAGCCCUCUACCGAGGGGGAGGUGAGUAAAAAAAGCAGGGCGUCUGGAGCAGUAGGAUCUCCUAUGGGGGUGUCAGGGAUGGGCUCGAUGACGAGGAGUGGUGGGAAGUAGAAGUCCGGGAACCCCCAAGUUGAAGCACUAGAAAAGGAAGGCUCAGGGCCCAGGAAUUGGUGGUGGGACACUGAGGAGAGGUAUGGGGGAGAGAUAACAAUAAUAAUAAUAAUUUAUUAUUUAUACAUCGCCCAUCUGGCUGGGUUUCCCCAGCCACUCUGGGCGGCUUCCAUCAAAAUAUUAAAAUACAAUAGUCUGUCACACAUUAAAAGCUUCCCUAAACAGAGAGGAAUAGUUGGAUGCUGGAGAAGCAACAGGCUUUAGUGAGCGAUGAGAGCCUGUGACAGGGAGCAGCUUAGACUCAGAGGCUGAAGCAGAGGAGGGAGGGAAAGCCGCUGGUGGAGAAUUCCAGGAAUCUGUAUCUCCUACUGCAACAAGCUCCCCUCUCAUUGACUCCAAGGACACCCAGGGCAAUGUGUAGGGCAGAACAGAGAUUACAGGUGCCCUGUAGUUUGAGGCUACUUGGGCAACAUCCAUCAGAGAAGAAGACCACCAAUCCUGGAAACUGCUCUAUAGAGGCCAAACCUCUUGCUGAGCAGUAUGCCAUUUUCUUGAAUAAAAAAGUAAACUACAUUGCCAAACUUUGCAUCUUGUGUGCUGACCUGCACCUGACCCAGCUCUGACGGCAGAUGUUGGGGUAGAGAGAUGGGUUCAGAACCAAACACACUAUGUACGUUAGGUCUCUGCAGACUGCCGCCUCCUUGCAGAGGCCCAGGCCAAGGGCUGCAGGAUUAUGCUCUUCCCGUAAACUGGCUGUUGCCCCUUGACCCUCUGCUCUUUCUUCCUUGCUCCAGGUAAUCUACAGAGUGCUGGAUCCAGCUAUCCACAUCCGUGACCCGUACAGCCCCAAAAUCCAGAGUGAGUCUCUCUCUGUGUGAGAGGUGGUCCUGAGUGAGUCUCUCUGCGGGAGGGGGCCAGAGGAGGGGGGAGGAGCUGGUUUAGGGCAGGGAGAGGCUGGGUGUACUGUGUAUUUGCCCCCCCCCCCAAGAGGAGUUGGAUUCCCAGUGGACGAAUGAGAUUCUGACCUCCGAAUGGGAGUAGAAUCUUGGAACGUUUCUGCUUCACCAAAUAUUUCCAUCUUAAUAUAACUAUAAAUAAAUGCGCUCUCUCUCUCUCUCUCUAUAUAUAUAUAUUACGUAGGCCGAACCCAGGCCCUGAAAUUGCAGCAGUAAUGUGUCACAACAUUGCUUGCGCAAACCAAGCAAGAAACUUGCACACCCAUGUUUAUUAGGCCAUGCGAUUGACUGUCGUAAAAGCGGCAUUCCAUGCGCACCCUGGGCUAUUUGGCCCAUUCCAGGAGCUGAAUCCUUCUUCCCCUGCCAUGACCUUCUGGUUUGGAGGUCUUCCUACCACCUGAGAUGUGGUGGGUGUAGGGCAGGUGCCGUGGAGAAGGCCUUUUCGGUUGUGGCGCCCAGGAUUUGGAACUACUUCCUGGGCGAAGUAUGCGUGGCCCCAUCACUGUUUCCCAGACAGGCGACGGAAACGCUUUUGUCGAGAUGGAUAUUUUCUCAUUUCGGUGAGAACUCUUCUCUGCCUUUUUAUGGAGUUGUGGUGCUGUUCUGUCGUUCUGCUCUUCUUUCGUACUGUGCAAAAGGUUGUGAGCUACCUUACGCAUCUUAGCAGACGGGCGAGGUAGAAAUGAACGGAUGAGUCUAGUGGGCUCGUUUGGGAAACGGCAGCUCAUUAGCGCAUUGCGCAUUUAAUUAUAUGUCUCAUGGUUCCCAGUGUGGUUCCCAGGCCAUAUAGAAACAUUGGAAGCUGCCUUAUACUGAUCCAGAUGGCUGGUCCAUCUAGUUCAGUAUUGUCUAUGUAUUCAGUGGCCUGUGUUUGCCUGAGCUUGAGUCUGGACCAAGGAUUCUGAGCUCCUGUGUUCUGAUUCGAUACAUGAUUUCCAGUCACAGAACAUUUCAGGAUUUGGGCUUCUGCCAUUGGCCCUUAAACUCUGAGUCAUGAUUCGCAGCUUGGAAGUUUAGACAGCCAAUCACGUUGGGAGUGGGAGUUGCCCAGGCCUUCAGAAAUGUAUAUAAGCAGUUGCUUUGUCCCUGUUGUUCAGUUCUGUAGUUCAAUAAAGGUUUUUGCUGUUAUCACUGCGCCUUGCCUUGCAAGGUGGGUGCUCUGCUAUUGAGCUAUGGUCCUUCCUGUGUAGUGAUAAGGCCCAGAGCUGCUUAAGUUUAGCAAGGCUGUGUCUCCCGGACCUUCUGACCAUACAUUGGGAAUUAAGGAGAAUGUUCCUCCUGAAAAAGGUAUUUGGUUCUUUUCACCAGAUCCAAAUUGCCGAGUCAAUCUUUUCUCUUCACAAACAACGGAGCCUUGUCUUUGAGACUUUUUUUGGCCUGGGCCACGUUAGGAGAGAUAACAAACAAUUAUGAACAUGGCAAGACAUUGAUUUCACAGAAGAAAAACCGGCAAAGCUCAGAAUGUUGCCUUCCCCCCCCCCAAAAAAAACUUGCAAAACACCUACAUCCCUCCUACACAAUUGAAACGCAAGGCAACGGCAGGCCGACAACUCCUGAACCAAAUCAACAAAUGCAGAAGAAGGAAAAACACUGACUUAAAUAUAUAUACAGUGGUACCUCGGGUUAAGUACUUAAUUCGUUCUGGAGGUCCGUUCUUAACCUGAAACUGUUCAUAACCUGAAGCACCACUUUAGCUAAUGGGGCCUCUUGCUGCUGCCGCGCUGCCGGAGCAUGAUUUCUGUCCUCAUCCUGAAGCAAAGUUCUUAACCUGAAGCACUAUUUCUGGGUUAGCAGAGUGUGUAACCUGAAGCGUAUGUAACCUGAAGCGUAUGUAACCCGAGGUACCACUGUAUACUAAAAUUUAGGAGUGGGAGAGGGCGUUGGUGGACACUAAAGGGGUGUUUGAGGGUGUCACAGAGAUGCCACAAUGGGGACCACAAAUCUAGACAAACAUACCCAACCAAGAUUCCCAGUCCCUAAGAAAGAGAAACAUAUACACAAAUAGCUAGCUAGCAAACAGUUCCCUGGGAUCCUAGUGUGGACGGCAGCUGGCCCUGCCUUUUAGUUCUAUUUGGGGGCUGGUUAAAUUUGGCCCUAGACAGAUUUCUGCUUUGGCUGCUGCUAGAUUUAGCUGUGGCCUCUCUCUGUCUGUCGCUCUUUCUCUUUUUCUCUUUCUCUCUGUGUGCAGCUGGGAAUCUGUUCCCUCUCCCCUCGUCAUGGUGCGCAUACUUCUGACUGGUCCUGGCCGAUAGCUUGCGGGGGGUUGACAACUCUGAUAUUCAUAGCCCACCAAGUAGCCCAGCUUUCGAACCCACAGCCCCAGCCGGGAAAGCUGUUUCCCAGUGGGGAUGCUUCUCUCCCUGUCUGCCUUCUCACCCACUCCAACCUCUCUGCCCGCCAGAUCUCCUGAAGGUCACCAACUUGCGGGUGAACUUGACCAAACUCCACACGCUGGGAGACGACCUGCUGGAUUCGCGGCGGGAGAUCAAGGAGAAGUACUACUAUGCCGUGUACGAGAUGGUGCUGCGUGGGAACUGCUUCUGCUACGGACACGCCUCGGAGUGCGCCCCCCUCGCCCGUAGCCCUGCUGACGUGGAGGGCAUGGUAAGGCGCAAGGAACGCUCAUAGGCACAAACCGCACUUGAUUAGGCGUGCCGACUCCCCCCACAACUUAUUUGUUUGGUUUAUUUGGUUUAUAUAUCGCCCUCCAUCAAAAAAUCUCAGGGCGGUUCAGAAGAUAAAAAUACCAAGAUACAGUGGUACCUCGGGUUAAGAAUUUAAUUUGUUCCGGAGGUCCGUUCUUAACCUGAAACUGUUCUUAACCUGAGGUACCACUUUAGCUAAUGGGGCCUCCCGCUGCCACCACGCGAUUUCUGUUCUCAUCCUGAAGCAAAGUUCUUAACCUGAGGUCCUAUUUCUGGGUUAGCGGAGUCUGUAACCUGAAGCGUCUGUAACCUGAGGUACCACUGUAAAAGCACAAAUAAAUAAUUGAAACAGAAUUAAACAAAACAAUAACCCCCUUCCCACAAAUGCAUUUAAAAGGCUGUAGGAUAUUAAUCAGCCAAAGGCCUGGUUGAAGAGGAAUGUUUUCGCCUAAAGAUAUGUAACGAAGGCACCAAGCGAGUCUCCCUGGGGAGAACAUUCCAGAAGCAAGGGAGCCACCACAGAAAAGGCCCACUCAUCUCUUCAAUUUUCAAAGACUGCGAAGAGAUGGUGCCAGGCUUACCUCAGUGGCAAGGGAGUUCUGCAUUCUUGGGGCCGUCACUGACUAGGCCCUCUCAUGAGCCGCUGCCACCCGAAUUUCCGAGAGCGGCAAAGCCAUUGGGAGGGCUUUCUCCGUUGAUCUUAAUUCCCAGGCUGGUCUGUAGAGAAGGGUGGCGCUAUGGUCUAAACCACUGAGCCUCUUGGGCUUGCCGAUCCUGGAUGAUGGGACUUGGAGUCCAACAAGGGUACCAGAUUAAGGAAGCCUGCUUUAGCAUUUCUCUUUUUACUAGCUAAAGGCAGAAAUGAGGAACUGUGCAGAGCUCUGGGGUUUUAGCCUCUGACCACUGGAACAUAUUCAUAAUUUCCCCCAGCCAUGUGAAAAAGCACAUGCAUUUUCAAGUUUAUCUUAAGGACUAGAAUCAUAACCCAACUACUUACUGGGGCACCAACUUAGUUCAAAAUAUACAUAGCCAACGUGGCCUUUGUCCCCUACGUGGGGUGCAAGCAUAACUUCUGUGGAUGUGUACCUGGGAAGGGCGCGGCAUGCCCAUGAUGAUGUAGGGUAGGAAGGUCGUGUGCAGUCUGAACGCAGGAGAGCAGGCAAAGACCCGCCCUCUUCCAUUCACCGUGGGCGUGGCCUGGGUCUCCCCCUUUCUCCGCCCGCAGGUGCAUGGCCGCUGCGUCUGCAAGCACAACACCAACGGGCUGAACUGUGAGCAGUGCGACAACUUCUACCACGAGCUGCCCUGGCGCCCGGCUGAGGGGCGGCGCACCAACGCAUGCAAGAGUGAGUAUCUGAGGAGUGGGUGUUGAGGGGACAGGGAAGCCAGGAGGAGGAUUGAUGCUGGAGUGAAGGGUUACCACAUGAGAGGGCAGUCGUGGCUGGGAAUGAGAGCCACCCUACUGACAAACCCAUGAGAAAGAGUUUUUCCACCGCCAGUCCCAAUAGAAGGCGUUGCUUGAAAGACUGUGCACCAUCAUAUAUUGGUGGAAUUGCCACUGCUACAGGUGCCACAUAAUGCCCGUUCCACAUUUGUAAGAGCUCAGUUGUUUAGUGUGGCAGCACCUAUACUUUGGAACUCCCUGCCUAUUGAGAUCAUUGCAGGGGGUUGGACUAGAUGACCCUUGGGUCCCUUCCAACUCUUAAAUUCUAUGGUUCUAUGAUUCUGUGAUCAAGCAGGCGCCUUCACUGUAACCUUUUCGGCCCUGCUAGAAACAUUAUUGUUUAGACAAGCCUACCCAGAUGCUUAGAAAGUUGAAGUAAUUUUAAUCUGAUGAUAAUAAUAAUAAUAAUAAUAAUAAUAAUAAUAAUGCUAAUGCUCUCCCUGGGGAGAGCAUUCCACAGGCAGGGAGCCACCACAGAAAAGGCCUGCUCAUCUCUUCAAUUUUGAAAAGCUGCACUAGGCUUACAUCUGUGGCAAGGGAGUUCCGCAUUCUCGGGGCCAUCACCGAGAAGGCCCUCUCAUGAGCCACUGCCCCAUGUAUUUCCAACAGCGGUGAAGCCAUCAGGAGGGUCUUCUCCGCUGAUCUUAAUUCCCAGGCCGGUCCGUAGGGAGGGAGAUGCUGUUUCAGAUACCUGGGGCUGAGGUUAUUUAGGGAUUCACAUGGAUUUGGGGCUUGGUGAGGUCAGGGCUUUGGAUGUGAUUGCCGCCUCUCGACAGAGUGCAACUGCAACGAGCACUCCCACAAGUGCCACUUCGACAUGGCCGUGUACCUGGCCACGGGCAACAGCAGCGGCGGGGUCUGUGACGACUGCCAGCACAACACCAUGGGCCGCCACUGCCAGCUCUGCAAGCCCUUCUACUACAAGGACCCCACCAAAGACAUCCGGGAUCCCAGCGUGUGCCGCGGUGAGAGCCUGCCGACUGUAUUGGGGCGGGUGGCUGGGUGGAAAUGGGGCUGGGGUCUGCAUGUUUGCAGGGACGAAGGACCUUUCUUGUGGAAAGGCUCCCUCUUUCAGCGCUGGGAAAGUAGCUGUUUGUGCUUCAUAGGGUGCAGGUGCCUGGAUCGGCUGAUGGCAUUUCUGAGGCUAGCCUGACUCUCCAUUCCUGGAGAACAGGAACUUGAAGGAGGAGCCUUCCUGAGGGCUUUAAAUGUUUAGAUUGCUGCGAUGGAUAAUUAAAAAAAAACAGUUUAUUUUAUAUAGCCAAAGUCCUUCACAAUGAAUAACAGGGGGCCUAAGCAGGGUAUUCCUCUAAAACAGGGGAAGGCAACCUGAGGCCCGAGGGCCAAUCGCCUUCUAAAUCCGGCCCGCGGACAGUCCGGGAAUCAGCGUGUUUUUACAUGAGUAGAAUGUACCCUUUUAUUUAAAAUACAUCUCUGGGUUAUUUGUGGGGCAUAGGAAUUCGUUCAUUCCCCCCCCCCCCAAAAAAAAAUAGUCCGGCCCACCACAUGGUCUGAGGGAUGGUGGACCGGCCCACGGCUGAAAAAGGUUGCUGACCCCUGCUCUAAAACCAGACAGCGUAAGGCUAUAGAGAUUACAGCAUAAAAAAUUUAAAUUACAAUGCUGGAGCGAAGCUGUCAGAGUAGAUUUGGCUGCCAGAGAUGCAAUUUGUAGGUACUUAUCAGCUAAGAGUUCAGCUCUCCCUUCCUGGGGGGAUAUACAAAUUGCUAGCUUAAGAUGCAACAGGCAGUAUGCAUAAUCAAUCCGAGGCAGGGGGUCUAACCCCCAAAGCUUUAGAUAUUGAUCUGAGACCGACAACCCUUACUUUUUACCACAUACAGUGAUACCUUGGGUUACAUACGCUUCAGGUUACAGACUCCGCUAACCCAGAAAUAGUACCUCGGGUUAAGAACUUUGCUUCAGGAUGAGAACAGAAAUUGUGUGUCGGCAGCAGGAGGCCCCAUUAGUUAAAGUGGUGCUUCAGGUUAAGAACAGUUUCAGGUUCAGAACGGACCUCCAGAACGAAUUUAGUACUUAACGUGAGGUACCACUGUAUAUAGGAAUGGGGUGGGCUCAGCUUAGUGCAGGAAGCAUUUCUGCUCCUUAGCAAGCAAUCUUGCUUGCUAGGUGGAAUUGCUCAGUAGGUGGGAUCACCUGUCCUCUCCUCCUUUGGCAACUCCUGCAUCUUGGUGAUGGGCAUAUUUGUGCCUCUUCUUGCUUUCCUUGGAAAGAGAGGCUUCUGCGUCUCAACCCCUGACUUCCGUGUGGCUGCACUAUAGCCUACAGUUUUAAGGACAGGAGUCCCAUCCUUUGCCCUGUGCAUCACUGGCAUGUGGCUCUUGGGAGGCUGCCCUCUAAGGAAUGUGGCCCUUGGAUUGAUAAAAGUUCCUCAAUCCCUGCCUUUAUCUCCUUGCCUGGUGCAUUUGAGCCAGACCCCUUGACUCAGGGGUCAGCAAAUUUUUUCAGCAGGGGGCCGGUCCACUGUCCCUCAGACCAUGUGGUGGGCUGGACUAUACUUUGGGGGGGGGAAUGAACAAAUUCCUAUGCCCCAUAAAUAACCCAGAGAUGUGUUUUAAAUAAAAGCACACAUUCUACUCAUGUAAAAACACCAGGCAGGCCCCACAAAUAACCCAGAGAUGCAUUUUACCGUAUUUUUCUCUCUAUAAGCCGCACCAGACCACAAGACGCACCUAGUUUUUGGAGGAGGAAAACAAGAAAAAAAAUAUUCUGAAUCUCAGAAGCCAGAACAGCAAGAGGGAUCGCUGCGCAGUGAAAGCAGCAAUCCCUCUUGCUGUUCUGGCUUCUGGGAUAGCUGUGCAGCCUGCAUUCGCUCCAUAAGACGCACACACAUUUCCCCUUACUUUUUAGGAGGGAAAAAGUGAGUCUUAUAGAGCAAAAAAAUAUGGUAAAUAAAAGAACAAAUUCUACUCAUGUAAAAACACCCUGAUUCCCUGACCAUCCACAGGCCGGAUUUAUAAGGCGAUUGGGCCGGAUCCGGCCCCCGGGCCUUAGUUUGCCAACCCAUGCCCUGACUCUACUUAACUGCUUAACUUUGCCCUCUGCCUAGUUCCCACAGCUUGCAAAGAAUAUUGGCAUGUGGGUUUUGCUAGCAGAGCCUUUUUUUAAAAGGCCUGUGCCUGGCCUAGGCACAUUCCCUCAAAAGCUCAAGGCUCCACUGUUCAGCAGCGGUGCGGAGCGUGAGAAUCUGCAAAGGUGGCAAGCCUGGAGUCCGGUUUCGGAAGCUAACGUGGUUGCCAAAGCCGAAAUCUUCUGUUUUGCAUCACCAGGACCCCUUUCUUUCUGCACCUGCGGGUUGGGUGCUUCCAAACAAAGUGCUCUUUCUUUGCUGCCAAGUUAGCAGAGGUUGUCUUUGCACAGACACCGCCGUGUGGUUGCAGCAGAGCUUGUUGAGAUUUAAUUUGGGCAAGGUUUCUAGGCAGGCUUGAGGACUAGAACCCCUCUCUUUAAGAGCUGAAAUGAUUUCACAUAAUAAUAAUAAUAAUAAUAAUAAUAAUAAUAUAAUUUAUUACACCCCGCCCAUCUGGCUGAGUUUCCCCAGCCACUCUGGGCGGCUCUCAAUCAAGUGUUAAAAACAGUACAGCGUUAAAUAUUAAAAACUUCCCUGAACAGGGCUGCCUUCAGAUGUCUUUUAAAGAUAGGAUAGCUGCUUAUUUCCUUCGCGUCUGAAGGGAGGGUGUUCCACAGGGUGGGUGCCACUACCAAGAAGGCCCUCUGUCUGGUUCCCUGUAACCUCACGUCUUGCAAUGAGGGAACCGCCAGAAGGCCCUCGGCGCUGGAUCUCAGUGUCCGGGCUGAAUGAUGGGGGUGGAGACACUCCUUCAGGUAUACAAGACCGAGGCCGUUUAGGGCUUUAAAGGUCAGCACCAACACUUUGAAUUGUGCUCGGAAACUUACUGGGAGCCAAUGAAGAUCUCUAAGAACCGGUGCUAUGUGGUCCCGGCGGCCACUCCCAGUCACCAGUCUAGCUGCCGCAUUCUGUAUUAAUUGCAGUUUCCGGGUCACCUUCAAAGGUAGCCCCACAUAGAGCGCAUUGCAAUAGUCCAAGCAAGAGAUAACCAGAGCAUGCACCACUCUGGUGAGACAGUGUGCGAGCAGGUAGGAUCUCAGCCUGCGUACCAGGUGGAGCUGGUAGACAGCCACCCUUGACACAGAAUUGACCUGCGCCUCCAUGGACAGCUGCGAGUCCAAAAUGACUCCCAGGCUGCGCACCUGGUCCUUCAGGGGCACAGUUACCCCAUUCAGGACUAGGGAAUCCCCCACACCCGACCGCCCCCUGUCCCCCCAAAACAGUACUUCUGUCUUGUCAGGAUUCAAUCGCAAUCUGUUUAUGGUUUAAGAACUGCAGCUCGGCACAGCAGACCCGCUUUCCCAAGAAGGGAACAGAUCUCUUCCAAGCAAGUGGAAUGGUUUUCUUUUCUUACUAGUUUAGAUAGGGAUUAGCGGUUUCUCUUUGUGCCUUUAAUUUUGGGGUUUGCUCUGCGCCCUCCCCUCACAGCCUGUGACUGCGACCCCGACGGCACCCUCGAUGGCGGGGUCUGCGACACCCACGACGACCCGGCGCUGGGGCUGAUUGCCGGGCAGUGCCGCUGCAAGGAGCACGUGCAGGGAGUCCGCUGUGACAAGUGCAAGACCGGCUUCUUCGGACUCAACGCGGAGAACCCCCAAGGCUGCCAACGUAGGUAUCUCCAAUAGGGCUUCCCUGGGCAUAUCCAGUUCCGUUUCUGAGCCAUUUAGAUGUGGUUCUGGGUGGGCUGCUUAGCCAGCGCAGCACACCGCAUAGACCGGUGGUUCUCAAAGGUUAGUGGUGCACCACACUGGUCAAAGAAACAUUUCAGUGUAAUGCAAUAUCGUAUUUUUUAAAAAAAAAAAUAGUUUGCAGGGUAUUUGUUUAUUUAUUUAUUUGAUACAGCAAGAAAAGAAAAAAAAAGAGAAAACGCAAAUACCAAAUUACACACAGGAAUAACAAUAGAUACAGAAUUUUCUUAACAAACAAUAAGACAUAAAUUGGUCUUAACACUAAAGACCCAACCUCCCGUCUAUUCCAUAUUUCGAUUUCAUAUAACUUAUUGCCAAUGCACACUUUUUAUUUUAUUGAAUUUAUAUACCACCCUAUACCCCGGGGGUCUCGGGGCGGUUCACAGGAUAAAAUCAAAAUAUAAAACCACAAAACACAUAAAUCAAAAUAAAAACAACACAGUAGCCCCUCCCCCAAAUAUACAUAGUUCUGAUAUCAUCAAUAAUGGUUUGUUUACCUUUCUGCUGGUCAUCUUUGGGGUUAAUUAUAAGGGUUAAAUAUUUUCCAUUGUUUUAAAAUCAAACAGCUAUGACAUUCCGGUAUUUCUGAAAGAAGUGUCCUCUGUAAUGUAUUUCUUCAAAACCUUGUGAUAAUUCAUUAUUACCACAAGACAAAGCUUUCUGCUGAAUAUCUAACUGUUGAAUAUCUCAGUAGAUCAAUCCUUGUAUUUUCACUGGUAAUCAGUAUAGAACAAUGGUUAUCUGGGGGUUAAGCCAUCAGAUGUAAAAUGAGGAUCUGCAAAUCUUUUCAAAAUAAGAGCAAGAGCAUCAAGUGACACUGAAGACGAUCCCAGGACAAUGCUAGGAGUUGUUUCUUUUCAUUUUCCAAUGUAUUUCUUAUCAAUAAAAAAAAUGGUGUGACAUGAGCAAGUUUUUAUUCUGAAAGUGUGGCCCAGAGAACCACGGGCAUAGAGUGCAGGAAAGGCUAACCACAAGCUGGUUAGACUUCAGCUCCCAUCAUCCUUGACUCUUGGAAAGGCUUGCUGGGGCUGAUGGGUCCAAAAAUUUGGAUGGCACCAGGUUGGGGACAGAUGGCACAAGACUUUGACUGGGGAGACCUGUGCUCAAAUUCCUACACAUUCCUGUAGCUCACUCUCAGGACAAAAGUCAAUAAAAGUGUUAAAGGCGUGAUCUCAUUUCAUCUGUUGGUUGUGGGCAACCUUGAACUCCUGUUUGAAGGAGGCGUGGGAUGAAACCAGUGCUGUUUUUCUGGAAAAAGAGGUGCCGGAACUCACCAUGAACUCUUGUGUUCUCUUAUCAUGGCAAUGGCACCCACCUUAGAGGUGCCGGAACUGAGUUCCGGUGAGUUCCAGCUGGAAAAAAAAGCCCUGGAUGUAACAAAUCUGAGUAAGUGCGUAAGUAUUUCUACAGAUUGAUGUUUGUUCCAGUUCAGCAGUAAACAGCAGGAUUUUUCUGAUCUGCGCCUAGAAAUAACCGGAUGAGCUCAGAGUCAACUGGAUCACCCCUCUCUCUCUCUCUCUGCUGGCUGGCUGGCACUUUCAACUCUUAAUAGGUUCAUGAGAGAAGGCUUGCCCUUGUAGAAGCCAUGCUGGCGCUGCUUCAUCAAGGCUUGUUCUUCUAUGCACUUGUUAUUUUUGUCUUUAACCCACCAGGCUGCCAGUGUGACCCCCGAGGCACAGUGCAGGACGGGCCCCAAUGCGACGCCAUCGCAGGCGACUGCUUCUGCAAACGUUUGGUGACCGGGCGCAGCUGCAACCAAUGCCUGGUGAGCAACACGCUGCCCUGCUCCCCCCCCUUCCCUUUGCUUGUGUCUCUCCCCCUCCCCCCCGGACUGGCUGACACAUAAUUGUGUCUCUUUUUUUCAGCCGGAGCACUGGGCUCUGAGCCCUGACAUUCAUGGCUGCCGGCCUUGCGACUGUGACGUAGGGGGUGCCCGCGACAACCAGUAAGGGGGCGCUGGAGAGAGCAUCCUGGGUGGGUGGGGGAGGCUGAGGAAGGUGGGAUUGGGAGCACGAUCCCAACAAGGGGCCCUUGAGGAGGGAGGGUGGGAUAGAAACCCAAUAAGCAAUAGGUAAAGGUAAAGGGACCCCUGACCAUUAGGUCCAGUCGUGGCCGACUCUGGGGUUGCGGCGCUCAUCUCGCUUUAUUGGCCGAGGGAGCCGGCGUACAGCUUCCGGGUCAUGUGGCCAGCAUGACUAAGCCGCUUCUGGCGAACCAGAGCAGCGCACGGAAACGCCGUUUACCUUCCUGCUGGAGCGGUACCUAUUUAUCUACUUGCACUUUGACAUGCUUUCAAACUGCUAGGUUGGCAGGAGCUGGGGCAGAGCAACGGGAGCUCACCCCGUCGCGGGGAUUCGAACCACUGACGUUCUGAUUGGCAAGUCCUAGGCUCUGUGGUUUAACCCACAGCGCCACCCGCGUCCCCUCCAAUAAUCAAUACCAUAGAACAAAAUGUGGGUUUGCAAAUCAGCUGAGGAGCAAUCUCUUUGCAUGAAAAGGACCUGCAGUGAGUUUUUGAAUACCAGUCACUAGAAACUGCAGGAAGGGACAGGGCUCUUGCCCUUGGGUCCUGAUUUCGGGCUUCCUGCAGGGCAUCUGGGGUGCUGGCCUGAUCCAGCACAGCUCUUCUGCUCUCUAGUCCAUAUAGGAGGGUGGGUGAGAGGCAUGGCAUGAUCUGCUGCGCCAGAGAUAGGAUGGUCACUUUGGAAGGAGAGGUGAGGAAAGAGACAGAGCCCUCCCCUCCUCUUUAUUGGCUCAUUUAUUUAUUGAAUUUCUACCCCCGCCUGUGCUGGGGAACUCAAGGCAGCAAGCAAUGGGGUUCCCAGGCAGUCCAUUGGCCAGAACCGAACUUGCUUAGCUUUAUUCAGCAAGGAAGCAGCCUCCCAGCGCCUUCCAUGCAGGGCCCUUUUAGCUUGGUACUGGAGGAGAUGGAGAGAGAAAAAUGAUUUGGGGCUGUAUUUUGAGGCGGACCUAGUUAAUUCGCACUUUCCAAAACAAUAGCGGACUGAAACGCAGGCACCUUUCAAAAUUUGCGUUUCUUCAAACUCUGCAGUUCUCCGAGCGAGUAAUGUGUGCAAAAACGCACAUGCCGGGGCAGAAUUAUCCCUAACAAACACAUUCGGGGAAAGGGAAAUUGCUUUGCAAAAACGUGUCUAUUGGCCAAAAUUGUACGUUGGGAGAAAAUCAUCAAUGAAUUUUCACGAGUACUUGAAAAAAAACCGAUUUGGAAAUGUGGAGAGCGGGACAUAAGUGUAGAAAAAUGAGAAACUGGAAUAGACAGAUUUGCCCAUCCCUGGACCGCAGAAGGCGGGUGAGCGUGCUCUCAUGGGCUUGAACCGCCUUCCCCGUUUGAGCCUCCCGCGCUGCCUUGCUGCAGGUGUGCCAUGGAGACGGGGCAGUGCCGCUGCCGGAGCCACAUGGUGGGCAGGCAAUGCAGCCAAGUGCAGACCGGCUACUACCACACUGCGUUGGACCAUUAUACGUAUGAAGCGGAAGAGGCCCGGCUUCUCCAGGUGAGGACGUUUGGCCUGCAGUUGCUUAAAUGCAGGGGUGUAGGAAAGUGUUCUCUGCUGAGUACCGACAGUAGUGUCUAACCUGACCGGUGGCGGCUCUCCAGGGUUUCGUAGAGUUGGAAGGGGACCCUAGUCCAACCCCGUCUGGAUGGCUGGGGCUGAUGGGAGUUGUAGUCCAAGAGCAUUAGCACCAGGUUAGCAACAACUAACUAACCACUAACUAACUAACUAAGAGAAGCACAAAGUCUUACGGAUCUUUCUCUUGACAGGGAGCUGAAGUAAUGGAGCGUGUGCACCUGACGGGCCACCCAGCUACGUGGACAGGGCUGGGGUUUGCCCGGGUGCUAGAGGGCGCUGUGGUGGAGUUCCAGGUCAACAAUGUGCCCUUCUCCAUGGAGUAUGACAUUCUGCUGCGCUAUGAGCCUCAGGUGCCUCUGCUUUUGCCUACUGUCCUACAAUACUUCUGCUCCAUUCAUAAAGAAACGGGGGAUUUGCAGUUUGGGCUUCCGAUCUUCACAUAUAUAUCAAACUCUCUAAUGAAGUUCAGAGCAAGUGUUUCUCGGGGGAAUAAAUAAAGUUUUGUCUCUGCCCCGCUUCUUUCCCCUGGAAAACCUGCUCCUUAGCACUAAAUCAGAACGAAUGGAAAUCUACUGAGAAUCCGAUUAGCGUUUGUUCUGAUUCAGUGCUAAACCGCGGGUUUUCCUGGGGGAAAGUGGCAGGCAAAAGGAUGUGUGGAUGAGGCCUUAGUCAUAUCCAUCCAUUUCAAUGGGUCUGUUCCGAGUAAAGCUUAGCUGAAUAUCACCCAAUAGGUCAGCGACAUACGAAGCUUUAGCAAGAAAUACUAUAUUCCAAUUAAAUAAUAAAAUUCCUUCCAGUGGCACCUUAGAGACCAACUAAGUUCGUUAUUGGUAUGAGCUUUCGUGUGCAUGCACAAUUCUUCAGAUACUGAGUGUGCAUGCACACGAAAGCUCAUACCAAUAACAAACUUAGUUGGUCUCUAAGGUGCUACUGGAAGGAAAUUUUUUUUUUUUGUUUCGACUACGGCAGACCAACAUGGCUACCUCCCUAUAUUUAUUCCAGUUAAGAAGUCUAAUCCCAGAAUUCAGCUUUUCAGAGUUCAGAAUGUUCUGAGCUUCAGCUUGAAGAAAUGUAAACUUUGAAAUCAUUCGGAAUUCAGUAUUGCCUUUGCCCGUGAGUUCCCAAAUCUUCCAGGUCUGUUCUGGAUUUCAAGGCAGGCUUCUCUCCGCACCCGGCCUGGAGAUACCCGGAGUGGAACCUGAGGCCUUUUGCACUCAGCUACGGCUGUUCCCCCUAAAACAAAAAAACACCUUAAAGGCCGUUUCUGAGGGGGUGCCAUCUUACCCUUGGCCUGCGUCCGCAUCUCAUGCAGCCACACUGUAAGUCCUCCUUUUUCCUCAGCUUCCAGGAAAGUGGGAAGAGGUGAAAGCGUCUGUGGUGCGGCCUGGGCCCAUCCCCACCAGCAGCCCCUGUGGGAACACCAUCCCUGCGGACGAUGUCAUGACGACGGCUUUGCCACCCUCAUCCCGGUGAGUGAUGAAAAACGUACAAUUCUCCCCUCUCCCCCUUUCUCUCUCCCCACCUCUCUUUUCCUCUCCCCCCCCCCUCAACCUUAUGCUGUAUACAACAAUCAUGUAUCGCGUUGAAUAUAACUGAUCUGUAGAAAUGACUUUAUAAUCUGAAAAGAGAGACGAUGUACAGUGGUACCUCGGUUCUCGAACGCAACCCAUGCCGGAAGACCGUCCGAGUUCCGAAACAUUCAGAAACCAAGGUGCAAAGGAUGGUCUUCAAAUUUCAUUGAGAAAAUUGAGAAGCACGCAGAAGAAGCCGUUCGACUUCCGGGGCACGUUCAAAAACAGAAGCAUUUACUUCUGGGCUUUCGGCGUCCAAGUUCCGAAACAUUCGUCAACAGAAACGUUUGAGAAUCGAGGUACCGCUGUAUGUAUGUUCUUUUGUAAACCCAAGAAAAUCUCUAAUAAAAGCAAUUUUAAAAACCAACCAGGAACUAGUGGUCUCACCCUGGGAGAACUUCCUUUCCCUGCCUCUCACACAGGCCCCUUCCAGAGGUCUGCUGAAGUCAGCAGCGCCUUCCCAUCCGUUGCAGGGGACAAAGCAGGCUGCCCAGAUGUGCCAGUCAGUGGGGAGCGAGCCAGUCACUGGGGCAGACGGUUCCUUCCCAUCCUUGGCAUUCAGGAAGACGCCGUAGGAUCAUCACACACAGCAAAAAAACAUGCCGGGCCCUCUGCUCGCCUUUGCUGUAAAUAGGCCCUUUCUUUGGAGAGCCAGUGUGGUGUAGUGGUUAAGAGCAGCAAAUUCGUAAUCUGGGGAACUGGGUUCGCGUCUCCGCUCCUCCACAUGCAGCUGCUGGGUGACCUUGGGCUAGUCACACUUCUCUGAAGUCUCUCAGCCCCACUCACCUCACAGAGUGUUUGUUGUGGGGGAGGAAGGGAAAGGAGAAUGUUAGCCGCUUUGAGACUCCUUUGGGUAGUGAGAAAGCGGGAUAUCAAAUCCAAACUCUUCUUUGUUCUGUAGGUUUGUGGUGCUGCCCCAGCCAGUCUGUCUGGAGCAAGGGCUCAGCUACACCAUCCGGGUAGAGUUCACCCGCUACGGAGGACGUGACCAUUUGCAAGGGGCUGCGGUGCUGCUGGACUCUGUAAGUACUGAGACUCCGGUUGCAUCUUCUGUAGGGGGAACCGUGGCCUGCUGCAAAUAACACCUCCUCUCUGCCUCCCUCUUGCCCCCCUCCCUGCUCAGCUGGUCCUGAUGCCACGCUAUUCCUCCCUGGAGAUGUUCAUCGCUGGGGACGCCGCCUCCAUCGCCCGCAAGGAGACCUUUGAGCGCUACCGCUGCGCCCAGCAGGCUCGGCCCGUGGUUAAGGCGCCGACGCCGGAGCCUUGCGUCACCUUGCUCACCAGCAUGUCGGCCAUCAUCCACCAGGGGGCACUACGUGAGUGUUAAAAACAAGCAACUACCACCAACUCACAGGGACACGGGUGGCGCUGUGGGUUAAACCACAGAGCCUAGGACUUGCCGAUAAGAAGGUCAUCGGUUCGAAUCCCCGCGACGGGGUGAGCUCGGUCCCUGCUCCUGCCAACCUAACAGUUUGAAAGCAUGUCCAAGUCCAAGUAGAUAAAUAGGUACCACUCCGGCGGGAAGGUAAACGGCGUUUCCGUGCGCUGCUCUGGUUAGCCAGAAGUGACUUAGUCAUGCUGGCCACAUGACCUGGAAGCUGUACGCUGGCUCCCUCGGCCAAUAAAACGAGAUGAGCACCGCAACCCCAGAGUCGGCUACGACUGAACCUAAUGGUCUGAACCUAAUGGUCAGGGGUCCCUUUACCUUUACCUUUUACCACCAACUCACCAUGCAAUACAUCCUUACUGCACAGGUAGACCAGGAAUGGUUUACCUAUGGCCCUCCAGACUCAAACUCCCAUCAGCCUCCGCCAGUGUGGCCAGUGGCCUGGGGUAAUGGGAGCUAUAGUCCACAGGUUGCAGUAGAGGCUUUCGCUCACCCUAGCAAGCAAUGGAAAUGUUCCCAAGUGCUACAGGGGGUUCAGGGUGAGCUGAGAGAGGUGGUACCCAAAAGGCCCACACUAAGAGGGAGCAAUGCUGUUCCACAUCCUUGCUAGGUUGCAUGCAUGGGCGGGGCUGCCCUUGCCACAGAGAUAAUGCUUCUCGCCAUCUUAUACUGGAGUGGGCAAGCUGGGGGUGUGUUGGCAGCUGCCUUUGGCUUAGCCAGAUGACUGGCCCAACGGCCUGCAACGCUGGAAUCUUUUGCCUAGCAUGGGGCUCGAACUCACGACCUUGAAAUCAAGAGUCUUAUACUCUACCACCUGAGCCAUGUAGGCCUAUACUACCUUGCAGCAGCUCUCUAGGGUUUGGGGCAAGAUACCUUCUCAGCCCUGCCUGGAGAUUCCAGGGAUCGAACCAGCAACCUUCUGCACGCAAAGCAGAGGCUCUGCCGCUGAGCUACGGCUGUUACAACCUCUCUCACAGGCCCUUUUAUAGAUAUCAGAGGAAGAGAGGCUCCUGCUGCCUUGUAGCAGAAGGGCGCCUCUUUCCUUUUGUUCUCCUGCCUCCUACUCACUCUCCCUUUGCCCCCAGCCUGCCUGUGCAGCCCCCAGGGAUCGCUGAGCUCCGAGUGCCGUCCGGAUGGGGGGCAGUGCCAGUGCAAGCCUCACGUCGUGGGCCGCCGCUGUGAACGUUGCUCCCCCGGCACCUACGGCUUUGGGCCCGGUGGCUGCAAAGGUGAGUCUAAUUCAGGUUCUGACCUUUCCUCCCCAAACCCUUUCGUCUUUCCUUUCGAAAGCAGGGGCCGGUCCUCGCUGGGCUCCUGCGUGUCAGUCAGUGCUGAUGUAAACAGUCUGCUAGGACGGAACCGCUGGGAACAGAGAGCUGUCUGGUCUCCUCUUGCUCCUGCCGUUGCACCAAAGUGCAAACCCACAUUUGAAACUCCUCCUUGGGCUACAGAAGAGGGGCUGCUUACAGAGUUGGGAAUGGAGGAGCAAUAUGGGGGGAGGAAAUGAUAAUAUGCCCCCGCCUCCCUCUUGCUCCUCCACCCACUAAUAAUCCCUCCCAGUAGCAGCUGACAAGGCAGGGGUGCUUACCUGACCUCCUGUCACCUGAGUCACCACGACUCACCCAGAAGGGGGCAGGUAAGGCAGCGGUGAGGUCAGCGCAGUGCAAACGCACCAAUGGAACCAAUCCUGCACUUGCACCAUGCUGACCUCCCCACCACCUCACCUCUCCCUCCCAGUAAGUUGCAGUGAUGCAGGUGGCAGGAGGUCAGGUAAAGUGCUCCUGCCCUGCCAACAGCUACUAGGAGGGCAGAGGAACAAGAGGAGACUGGAUGAGACAAACUAUGAACCCGGGUUUGGUCAGCAUGCUAAGCCAAACCAUAGUUUAUCUCACAACAACCCAGCUGCAACAGGACCAGAGGAAAAGCAAAGGGACUCAAUCUCCUCACCUCAUGUUUGCACCUUCACAGAAUUCGUGGUUUGUCUUAGUGUUACGUGCAAACGAGCUCACUCUGCUUUUUACUUUCCUCAAGACAGCUUCUCUAUUAUAGAUAUUGUAGCACUUGCACUCAAACUACAGGGUUCGUUUUUUGUUUUUUUUUACAAAACUGGAGCAGCUGUGCAUUUCUGUAGAUGCCCUCUUUAUUUUUCUCUCUGUCCUUUGAUGUACCUCUUCGUCCUGCCAUUAGCUGACGGACGCUGCAAAAAUCUGAAAUGAUCGGGUUCAGGAAAAGAUUGUGCGAGUGCAUUAAUUUUAAUGCAAAGCAAGCACGUUUCCUUUCUGUGAUUUGCAUAAUUGGAUGUUGAAACUUCUCGGCACAGACUGCGAAGCACCUUAGCAGACACAGGUGAAGGGGGGUUGCAUAUAUGGGGGGGCGGCAUGUGAUGAGCAGGGCAGGAGGCGUCCACGGAUCGUUACCUUGUGUGUCAGGAGGAGCAGCGGCUGGGAGCGUGUGCGUGACUUCUCCCCCUCUCCCCUUGCAGUGUGCCAGUGCAACAGCGAAGGCUCUCUGAGCGGUUUCUGCGACAACUUCAACGGGCAGUGCCCAUGCCGGCCUGGUGCCUUUGGGCCGCGCUGUGACCACUGCCAGCCCGGCCACUGGGGCUUCCCCAGCUGCCGCCCAUGCCACUGCAACGGGCGCUCGGAGGAAUGCGACCCGCGGACGGGCAGCUGUUUGCAUUGCCGGGGCCACACAGAAGGCGAUCGAUGCCAAAGGUGAGCAUCCUGGGAUGGCCCCCGGUUGAAGUGGGGGGUGCAUCCAGGUGUAUGAAGUCCAGAGGGAAAGGCCUCCUGGCGAGGCCUAACAUCCAAAGGACCAAACCACGAUCUGCAAACAGCCCUGGGGAUGAACCCCCACACCAAUGGCAACGAAUAUGUUCCUCAAACCCUUUUUGUUCCCCCAAAUUGCAGUUGUGUGUCCGGAUUCUAUGGGAACCCAUCGCUGGCCUCAGGGGGCCACUGCCGGCCCUGCCCCUGCCCUGAGGCACCUGGCUCUGGACGCCAUUUUGCUGCUUCUUGCCGCCAAGAUGGCCGCUCUGGGACAGUAGUUUGUAGCUGCCUCCCAGGCUAUACAGGCAAGUCCGACUUUCUAGCGCCCUGCAGCCCUAGGAUUGGGAGCUUGAGAGGAGAUGAGGAAGGGGUGUAAUAGAGACAGAAGCCCACAUUGUAACCUCCUUCUCAAGUCACGCUUCUCUGGGAACAUGAGUGCAUUGAUAGACCUGUGGUCACGGUUUAUGUGUGUAUUGCAGUGGAGAUUGGGGACCGGGCUCCUUUUACCUCACACAGCGCCUUUUACCUCAUAAACGAUGCCCUUUAUCUCACACAGCGCCUUUUACCUCACACAGGCCCGCGCUGUGACGAGUGCGCUCCUGGUUACUACGGCAACCCUUGGCAGGCCAGGGGGCAGUGCCAGCCCUGCGCGUGCAACAGCAACAUUGAUGUGGCAGAUCCGGGAUCUUGUGACCGGCGCACAGGCCGCUGCCUCCGCUGCCUCUACCACACCGAGGGCGACCAGUGCCAGCACUGCCAGGGAGGCUAUUAUGGGGAUGCCACACGACGCACCUGUCGCCGUGAGUGCCUGUUGGGGAGAGAGAUGCGUUUUCCAUCUGGUUCAUGGUGCUCCCAUCGCUACCUGCCUGACCUUGCCUCUUGGUGGCCCUUCAGUAAACGAAAGGGGAUCAGGCCUCAGGCUUCCCAAUUAUUUUGUCAACAGCCGGCCUGUUAAUUUUAUGGGGGAAGGAGAUCACCGCAAACACUCAGGGCUUAUGGUCCCGGGGCCAGCUGCACCUUAAAUCUUAACCACAUAUCAUUUUGUUAUUCCCAAGUUCGGAUCUCAACAAAAUCGUUAACUGCGAAUGAAACCCCCUAAGGCACCCACGUCCCCUUCCCGUAAGUAAGGCCACUUAUAUUGAGACCCAAGCGGAAAGCUUGUCUUCAAAAAGCUGUGAGGAACCUGGUUUUCUAAUUCAGUAUCUGGCGUAUUUCAGAGGACCAAGAAUGUGAGCUUCUUGUUUCUUUUUAAAAAAAUAGGAAAGGGGGGGAGAAACAAAACAUAAAAAUCCAGUUUCCUCAGGAUUGCCAAUAAAUGUGACUAGUAAUGUUGCUGGCACUAAGGUGCAGUGAUAAGAAGGAAGGCUUCUUUGCCUUCCACACAGAACAAGGAUGCUUGUGGGGAACAAUUUAGGAGUCCGAUUAUCUGCAAUGCCCCUUUGUGCCCCAUAUCGCCCCUCCACACACGCACACAGACACCGCAGUACCUUGCUGAAGUGUGAAAGCUGCCUAGCUUUCUAAUGCCCAAAUGAGGCAUGGCUUCUUUUUAAAUCUACAUGACUGCAUAUUUAAUGUUCGUCCCGAUCCAUUGCUCCGCCCUCCAAGCGGAGCUUCUUUUUCUUCGACCUGCCAUUUUGAAAGCACCGGUGUUUCUUUUGUGUGUAGUGUUUCUAUGCCUUCCCUCCCUGCAGGCUGUUCCUGUAACUUCCUGGGCACGGUUCGCAGCCAGUGCCCGUCACAGGACCAGUGCCAGUGCGAGCGGUACAGCGGGCAAUGCCAGUGCCUGCCCAACGUCCAGGGGCAGAACUGCGACCGAUGCGCUUCCAACUUCUGGAACCUGGCCAGCGGUCAAGGCUGCCAGCCCUGCGACUGCCACCCGCAGUACUCCCUGAGCUCAGCUUGCAAUCAGGUUAGGAUGGGAAGCUGUGUGCCGGGCGAGGCUGGGAACCUCUAGGGCAGGAGUGGGGGGGAAGCAUUUUCUUCUAGGGAACCUUCUGAGCUCCAGGGAGCAGCAGAAACAAAGGUGGCUGAAACCGUGAAAGUAAAUGUGUACCUUUGCAGGCUGAUUUCUGCACUCCCAUUGCUUCCAUCCUCAAUCCAGGCAGGGGAUGGGCCAGAUGACUCUUUGGGACCCUUCCAACGCUACAGUUCAAAGAUACAAAGGGGGGGGCAAAUCAGGGCCAGUAACAGGAGUGGCUUGGGGAGGUAGAGAGGUCUGGAGGGCCUCUUUAUCACACCCCUGAUCUGGUGCAAAGCUGUGUUAGAAAGGAGGGGAGUGGAGAGCAUAGGAACACAGGAAGCUGCCUUACCCUAAGCCAGCCCAUUGGUCCAUCCAGCUCAGUAGCGCCUACACUGACUGGCAGCAGCAUGGCAGGGCCUCAGACAGGGGGUGCUGCCAGCCCUUCCUGGAAAUACCAGAGGUUGAACCUGGGACUUUACGCAUGCUAAGCAGUGGAUGGUGAGCGGCGGCGGCAAUGGCGUUGGGAGGCUCCCGACUGCAACAUCACAGAGUCUUAUCCCUCUUCAUCGCCAAUAUGGUUUGUGGAAUCAGAUGACCCCAACUUGACUCCAGUAUUGGAACAUUUAGAUGAUAUUAAAAAGAGCAAUACUCUGCUUCUCCAACAAUUGAAACGAUUGAUAUGCGACCUCUGCAGACUAUAUACCGUAUUUUUUGCUCUAUAAGACGCACCAGACCACAAGACGCACCUAGUUUUUGGAGGAGGAAAACAAGAAAAAAAAUAAUUCUGAAUCUCAGAAGCCAGAACAGCAAGAGGGAUUGCUGCGCAGUGAAAGCAGCAAUCCCUCUUGCUGUUCUGGCUUCUGGGAUAGCUGCGCAGCCUGCAUUCGCUCCAUAAGACGCACACACAUUUUCCCUUACUUUUUAGGAGGGAAAAAGUGAGUAUUGUAGAGCAAAAAAUACGGUAAUCUUCCCCAGCAUCCCGAUGUUGAAAUGUUAGAUCAACCAUUGCCGACUGGCCAGAAUGGAACAAUGGAAGAGGUUACAUCAGAAGAAGAGGAGGAGGAAGAUACGGGUGAAUAUAUUGAUCUGGAUCAUUAUGAUAUGAAGGAGGAAGAACCUGUCAAUGGAAAGAAGACAGAGGAUGAUGGCAUUGAGAAAGAGAAUCUGGCAAUCCUAGAAAAAAUCCGAAAGAGUCAAAGGCAAGACCAUCUAAAUGGUGCAUUCCCUGGGUCUGUCCAGGCUUCAGAUCGACUUAUGAAACAACUCAGGGAUAUAUAUAGGUCGCAGAGUUACAAGUCAGGGAUUUAUUCAGUGGAACUUGUAAAUGACAGCCUAUAUGACUGGCAUGUCAAACUUCUAAGGGUUGAUCCUGACAGCCCAUUGCAUAGUGAUCUUCAAGUCUUAAAAGAAAAAGAAGGUGUAGAAUAUAUUUUGCUCAACUUCUCUUUUAAGGAUAACUUUCCCUUUGAUCCUCCGUUUGUGAGAGUGGUCCCUCCUGCGCACACUGGCGGGUAUGUUCUCGGUGGAGGUGCAUUAUGCAUGGAGCUGCUUACUAAACAGGGUUGGAGUAGUGCCUAUUCUACAGAAUCUGCCAUCAUGCAGAUCAGUGCCACAUUAGUCAAAGGAAAAGCCAGAGUACAGUUUGGAGCAAAUAAGAACCAAUAUAACCUAGCAAGAGCACAGCAAUCCUAUAAAUCUCUAGUACAGCUACAUGAGAAAAAUGACUGGUUCACACUUCCUAAAGAAGAUGGUUAACAUUGUGGACAUUUCAUACACUUGGACCAAUGUCAGUAAAAGAUUUUCCUUCCAACACACAUUCAACUAUGAAUGCUCCUAUAACAGCCAUACUGAAGAUUCUAGCUCAUAGCUAACUAGUGGAUAAUCUGUUGACUGACACAUCCAGUAUAAGCUACAGCUGUACGAUUCUGCUCUUCUGUCAAGUAUCUUCAACUGAACAGUUUUAAAACUUUAUUGUCCCCAUGAAUUAAGCAUACCAAUCCCCACUCCAUUUUAGAGUGUUAAUCCUUCAAACUGGGCUCUUGGGGUUUACUAAAUUACCAGUCAUUAAGAUCUCCCCCCUUUUAUAUGCACUUAUAUGUCCUUCCUUAGACCCAGCUAGGGCUAGGGGCUGAGAGGCAGUGGUUAGGGUGCCCGGUGAGGAUCCAGAUCUUUGCUUUUGUACCCUGGCAACGGCUUCCGUGUCUCACUUUUCCACGGGGCAGGGUACAAAGGGCUCGCUUUGGGGAGUUCUUGAAGUUGUCAUGCAAACUGUGCCUGCCUUGUAGUUUACAGGGCAAUGCCAAUGUCGGCCAGGUUUCGGGGGCCGCACCUGCUCGGAAUGCCAGGAGAACCAUUGGGGGGAGCCCAGCCAGCAGUGCAGAGGUGAGUGCUGCGUAUUCGGAAACCCUGCCGUUGCUCUGGGCUGUGCAGGGAUCCUGAAAAUGUUUUUAUUUCAUUUAAGCGAGUUUCUGGUCUUGAUGCCUGUAGUGGGUAUGAGUUACUCGUGCGUAAACUGGUGCCUCUCUAGGCUAAUUUGCCUUGUUAAACCUUUCUGACUGCACAGCCCUUUCUCAUCGUGGCUGCCUCAGUCGCUGGCAGAAUCCGUCAGUGGGCGUUUCUUGAACCUCUUCCAACAUAAAAGUUGUUUGACACCCAGUCUCCUCCUCCUCUCACUGCGCGGGAGUCUUCUGCGCAGGGAGGGCGUGGGUAGUGGAGGACCUGUGCCCUCCUCACUGAGGUCCAGUGAAGAGUCCUGGAGCCCUUUCUCCGAUUCCCCCAUCUGCCCCCCUUUAUCCCUGGUGUUGCGCUGAUUUGUUUCCCCCUCUACUGAGCUGUUUCUCCCCCUGCUGCUGGGUCCUUCGCCAGCAUCAUCUAGGAGCCUCCCCUUCGCCUCUCGCUCCGAUGUCAGUUCCCUGACAAUGCCCAUGAAGGUGAUGGUUUGGAUUCCGAGAACUAUGAAUUAAAUUAUGUUUACUCAGAGGGGUUUACCCCUAUUUCACAUUUCAGCCCCUUUCACCUCUCCCCCCCAAAACGACACUUCCUAAGGGUCAAGAGAUGCUCCAGAAUUAGGUUCCUUCUGCUUGCACAGAAGGAACUCUUGAGUCCAAGCCGUUGUUUAAGAAAGGGGAAUCUUCCUACUUCAUUGAGAGUCUCCUGGUAAAUUACAAUGCACUGGAGACUUCCUGUGCCUUUUGUAAUAUUUAUUUGAUCAUGUACUGGAAGCAAACUGGCUCCUGAAGCAGGCAGCACAACCUAUUAAUCCAGCAUUAGUUUCUCAAAGGCUGACAUUUGCAUCCCAGUUUCAGCAAACUCGCCAGCUAAACAUCCAGCACUUCAUCUGACUCUCACUUCCUGCCCAAAUUGACGUUUUUCUGCCUAGUCCACUCUCUGAACGACACGACUCACUAAAAGGCUGGGUAUCCAAUCUCAUACCAAUAUGCUUGAAAGUGCGAGGGUGGCGCUGUGGGUUAAACCACAGAGCCUAGGACUUGCAGAUCAGAAGGUCGGCGGUUCAAAUCCCAACGACGGGGUGAGCUCCAGUUGUUCGGUCCUACUUCCUGCCAACCUAGCAGUUUGAAACCAAGACAAAGUACAACUAGAUAAAUAGGUACCUCUCCGGCGGGAAGGUAAACGGCAUUUCCGUGUGCUGCUCUGGUUUGCCAGAAGCGGCUUAGUCAUGCUGGCCACAUGACCCGGAAGCUGUACGCUGGCUCCCUUGGCCAGUAAAGUGAGAUGAGCACCACAACCCCAGAGUCGGCCACAACUGGACCUAACGGUCAGGGGUCCCCUUUACCUUUACCUAAUAUUUCAAGCAACGACGUUUGAGAUCAACUCAGCUUCUUGAUUCUGUUAUGAAGCCAUUUGGAGUGGGCGAUUUAAUACUAGAUCACACUCUACUAGCACACAUGGUGAAAUAAUAGGAAUGGCAUUUAAAUAGGCAGAGCUAGGGGAAUGUGUUUUUUACAAAGAGCGAUUUGGAGACCCUGGGUUCAGACUAUUAAGAGAUUUGUUUCUUCGGCCAUGAUUUCUGGAAAGGUGUGAGGGUGUAUCCCUAGUUGGCAAAGAAAGGGGUUGUUGGUUGGAGACACAGAGCACAUUGUCGUAGGAGAACUCUGCUAGAGGAAGGAGGGAUACCCAGUUGCUGUGCUGGUAGCUGACAUAACGGCACAAAUAUUGCUGUAAAGUCAUGUCAGUUUUCUCCAACUCGGCAUUCAUCGCAGGAUGGCGGGUGGACGAAAUGCACAGUUCCACUGCCAGCACCUGCAUGAACUGGGCUGUGAACUGGGUACCUUUGUCAGAGACGAUCCCCGGCGGUAGCCCAUGCAGCUUGAAAAUGUGGUCUAUAUUACCAAGCGUUAAUAUCCAGAUGUGGAAAAUAUGGAAACAACAAGGAGAAGCAGGACUAAGUUGUGGAGAUAUGCUCCAGAGAUCCAGACCGCGGGGAGCCCCAAGAAAUUAAUAAAUACAAUUUGGGCUAUAAUUUGAUCUUUUUUUUUUUUUUUUUUUUAAUUGAAGUAUUAUGAUUGGAUAUUAAUUAUUAUUAUUAUUAUUAUUAUUAUUAUUAUUAUUAAUACCCCGCCCUCCCCAGCCAAGACUGGACUCAGGGGGCUAACACCUGAUACAAAAACAAAUUGACCGAAACACAACUUAAAAACAAGAUUAAAAUACAACAUUAAAAUAUUAAAAUACAGCCUCAUUUCAAUGGAAACUCAAAUCAAAUACUUUUUGGGGGAUGAAAACGUCAAGUCUUCACCAAGGUUAACUUUCCAGACUGGUCCUACAUGGGCCAGAAAAAUUGGAUGUUUUUUAUUGGAAUUUUUUAAAAAAAUGAUUUAUUUUUUUAAAAAAGAAAAUGUGGUCUACAAAGAGUUGGGUGGUUUCCUUGGAGGUGGGGGAGCCCUUUAUGUGGGAUGAAGCGCUUGGAAGACACCACAUGCGAAGGAAUAACUCUCUCUCUCCUUUACGGCGUUUUUGGAGAGCCAGUGUGGUGUAGUGGUUAAGAGCGGUAGUCUCGUAAUCUGGGGAACCGGGUUCGCUUCCCCGCUCCUCCACAUGCAGCUGCUGGGUGACCUUGGGCUAGUCACACUUCUUUGAAGGCUCUUAGCCCCACCCACUUCACAGAGUGUUUGUUGUGGGGGAGGAAGGGAAAGGAGAAUGUUAGCCACUUUGAGACUCCUUCAGGUAGUGAUAAAGUGGGAUAUGAAAUCCAAACUCUUCUUCUCAUGUUGCGUACAGCCUGCGACUGUGACCCUCGUGGGAUCGAGAAGCCGCAAUGCCACCGCAUCACUGGGCACUGCUCCUGCCUCCCGGGGGUCUCGGGUGUGCGCUGCGACCAGUGCUCCCGAGGUUUUGCCGGCGAGUUCCCCGCCUGCCAGCCGUGCCACCAGUGCUUUGGGGACUGGGACCGCAUUGUGCAGGAUUUGGCCGCACGCACCCGCAGCCUGGCGCAGCGCGCCCAGCAGCUUCAGCAGACGGGCCUCACCGGGGCAUUUGAGGGCACCUUUCGCCGACUCCAGGACAAGCUGAGUGCGGUCCAGGCCAUCGUCAAUGCCCGCAACGCCACCGCCAGUGCAAUCACCCACCUCUUGCAGAAUAUGGAUUCGCUGCGGUGAGUGACAGGUGGCCUUGGUACCUGUACAUGUGCAGAGGAAAUGGACCUGGCUGGAGCCUAGGAGCAGUGGGUAGGCUGGGUAGGAACUGAUCUGCUGCAUUCAAUUUUUGUCUUUUGUUUGUCUUCUCCCAAAGAAUCCCAGGUACCAUAGUUUGUUUUGGGAGCAGGGCUUCUCCCUCUCCCUCUCUCUCUUCUUACAUUUUUUUACAGUGGUACCUCGGGUUACAUACGCUUCAGGUUACAAACUCCGCUAACCCAGAAAUAGUACCUCGGGUUAAGAACUUUACCUCAGAAUGAGAACAGAAAUUGGGCAGCGGCAGCAGGAGGCCCCAUUAGCUAAAGUGGUGCUUCAGGUUAAGAACAGUUUCAGGUUAAGAACGGACCUCCGGAACGAAUUAAGUACUUAACCCGAGGUACCACUGUAUUUGCAAGUUUCUCAGAUUAAAACUUUACCUUCACAUAUCGAACGUACAACAUAGACACAAGAUUCCCAAAGAAUCUCUAGGACUUCCCUCCUCACCUUUGUGGGUCCUGUUGUUAAUCAUUUCCUCCUGCAUCUUUUAUAAUAGCCCACAUCUUUUACAUCUCCAUUGUUUCCAAAACUCACCAUUAAACUACAAGUGCUAUUCCAAUCCUACUAACGAUUUUAACUGUUUAUACAGUGGUUUUUAAGAUAGGUUAUAAAUUUCCCCCAUUCCUUAUUAAACUUUUGGUCUUCCUGAUUUCUGAUUCUUCUGGGUCUUUAGCCAUUUCGGCAUAAUCCAUCAACUUAAUCUGCCAUUCUUCUCUGGUAUGGGCUUUAUCUUCUUUCUAUCUGUGGGCCAAUAACAUCCGUGCAGCUGUGGCUGCAUACAUAAAUAGUUUUUCUGCUCCCUUGGGAUUUCAGCACCUAGAAUUCCUAAGAGAAAGGCUUCAGGGUUGUUGUUUUUUAGAAAAGGUUAUUAAUUUUAUUUCUCUGAAGAGGAGCAGUGGGUGGUUUAGUCCUGGGUGGCAGUGCACCUCUUUCUCCACUGAGAGCCAGUGUGGUGUAGUGGUUAAGAGCGGUGGACUCAUAAUCUGGUGAACCGGGUUCGCCUCCCCGCUCCUCCACAUGCAGCUGCUGGGUGACCUUGGGCCAGUCACACUUCUGUGAAGUCUCUCAGCCCCACUCACCUCACAGAGUGUUUGUUGUGGGGGAGGAAGGGAAAGGAGAAUGUUAGCCGCUUUGAGACUCCUUAGGGUAGUGAUAAAGCAGGAUAUCAAAUCCAAACUCUUCUUCUCUUCUUCGUCUUCUCCCUCCCGCUUCUCACUUACGUCCUCACACCAGGCAGGAGAUUGCCGAUGUCACAGAAACGCUGACCAGCCUGGAAGGGUUGCUGACGGCCACCCAGGACAGGAACUUCAACGCCAACCAUGCUCUAGGCACGCUGGAACGCGGCGCCCGGGCCCUGAACCUCAGCCUGGCAGACCUUGCGCGCCAGCUGGAGGCGCUCAAGAAUGCCAAUGUGCUGGGUAAGUGCGUGUCCAAAGUGACGUAAGAAACAUACUCCCCCCACCCCCCAUUUUUACCCAGCCCUUUCGUCAAACGUAGAAUUGCAGUUCUCCCCCUGGCCCCACACCCUUUUGACUUGCAGCCUCUGCUCAUGAGCCAGAGUGGAGGCUAGGCAUGUAUAGGGAAGUUUUUAAUGUUUCAUGCUGUUUUUUUAUAUUUCACUGGGAGCCGCCCAGAGUGGCUGGGCAACCCAGUCAGAUGGACGACAUAUAUAUUAUUAUUAUUAUGGGGGUUUCCCAUAGGUCUAGCACAGGCUUCCUCAACUUCGGCCCUCUAGAUGUUUUGAGACUGCAAUUCCCAUCAUCCCUGACCACCGGUCCUGCUAGCAAGGGAUCAUGGGAGUUGUAGGCCAAAAAACAUCUGGAGGGCCGAGGUUGAGGAAGCCUGGUCUGGCAGAAGAGAUGCCCAGCAAGGGCCUCAUAGUCCUGUUCUUUAAUCCCGCCCCCACUUCCCCCGGCAGGAGCCUAUGACAGCGUCCGCCAGUCCUUUGUCCAAUCGCGGGAAGCGGAACACCGGGCCAACGCUUCCACGGUGGGUUUCUCCAGCCCUGUCGGCCAAUCGGCCGCAUCCCGGCGACGCACGGAGCACCUGAUGGCAGCCCGGAGAGACGCUUUCAAUCGGCAGAAUGCAGCCAACCGGCGAGCCCUGACCGACCUGUCGACACGCGUUCGAGGGCUGAGCCUGCAUCGGAUCAAUGAGAAGGUGGGUGGGGAAGCUGGGAAACACCACAAAGCAAAGCGUGUGAGAGCCAGAGAUGGGGAACCAGAGGCCUUCCAAAUACUGCCAGACUUCCAGCUCUCAUCGACUCCGGCCAGGGGGACUAAUGACACGGUGGGUCACAGUCUCCCCGCAUCCCUGAGGUAGCCAGUCAGGUCUUGGUUGAGGGGAAAGGUGAGCUCAAGAACUUUUCAGACCGCGCUGCUAAGUUUCUGCUUAAUGUUCUGUUGGUAUUUUACUGCGAAAUGUUAUUCUGUGGUACUUCAAUGUGCACAUCUUCUCUGUGAACCGCACGGAGCAAAGGCGAGGAACCUUUUCCCGCCUCUCGAGGGCCACAUUCUGUUCUGAACAAGCGCCUGAAGGCCACACGCCAGUGGUUGGGCAGAGCCAGAGGCAAAAAUGGCCGGAGCGAGGAAGGAAACAUUUGACAGCAGGCGGGUGUCAGGGACUGGUUGGACGCAGAGGAAUGGUGAGGGGGGAACCGGCUGGGGAACCCCCCAAGGGAAGAAGACUCAGGGACUGGUGGUGAGAUGACAAUGAGUGGUCAGAGGGAGAAGACUGGGAGGAGGUUGUCAGAAGCUGAAGAGGUAACAGGGUUCAGCGAGUGGAGGGAGUCUGUGGCAGAAAGAAGUCCAGAAUCAGAGGUAGAAGAGGGAGCAGGACUGUGGGAUGAGGGAGGCCAAGAGGCAGAGAGGAGUCUGGCUGGUGAAGAGGCCUUCCUGCUGUGACAAGCUCCCCUCCCUUCCUGGUCUCCCAGUACCAGGAGAGGCAUGAAGAGGGCGGAGGAGAAAUCAGCAUCACAUAGUCACACAAGCGCAGCCUCAGAUUGCUUAGGGGAAACCCUGGAGGACUUAGGCAGCUGUGGAGAGGCAGGGCCCUUCAUCUCCGCAACUGCUCCAUAGGGGCAAGACCUACUGAAGAAGAGCUGCUGCACCCAUUGGGCCAGACUCUCCCGUGCCAAUCCUGUUGUUUUUUUUUUUAAAAAAACUUAUUUCAUGUGAUAUACUGCUGGCAAGUUUCUUCAUGCUUCCUCCAACGCUCUUGUGCUGGUCCCGAGGGUUAACCAUGUGGCGAGGUCCGAGUCCAGUCUGAGGGCGAGGGUGCGGUAUGGAGGCUGUCCGUCAAAGCUGAAACGGGGUCCAAGGCAGGGAGUCGGGUGAGGUCAGGAGCUCCGGCAGAAGAGCAAGACAGGGUUCAGGCAGGAACAGGCUACCAACAAUGUUGCUCCCGCAAUUUAGACCUGGGGCUGGCUGGCUUUUAUCUGCCCCGCGGCAUAGGGCGGCCCCGGUCCACAGGUGACUCGCCUCUCCUGGCCUGGAGGCAAGCACUCCUCCUGAGGGAACUUACUUCCCUCCGCCUCUCUGCCCUGAGCCUCUGCAGCUCAGGAGAGGCUGGAGGGUUACCGGACCCAGAGGCAACCUCCUCUUCCCCUGACGGGGCUGAGAGUGGAGCACCUGCAGGCAAUGGGUCCUCCAUCCCCUCAGGAGCCAGAGCAGACUCAGCUGGUGCCCUCACUUGAGGAUCCAGCACAGGUGAGUAGCCUUCAGGCUGAAGCCCCAGCCCCGGCUCAGCUGGUUCUGGAGGCGGGGAAUCCUGUGCAGGCUGGGAUUCCUCAGGUUCAGCCUCCGAGUCCGAAUCCCAGGCCAUCACAGCUCUCUCCUCUAGGUGUGCGGUGCUCCAGGGGACGCCCCCUGCUCCAGCAGCCCCUGCGGAGGGGCUGGUUGCCGUGACGAAGACGGCCGGCGCCACUGCGGGGGCCUCAACUGCAACGGGGCCGUGGCCACGGCCGACAACGCGCUGGAUCGAGCCCGCCAUGCCGAAGGGGAGCUGCGCCGCGCUGUGGCUGACGUGGAUGUCCUGCUGCGUCAGGUAAGCCAUCAGAGGGGAGCCGCAGAGCUCAGUGUUAUAGGCAAGGUAACCCAUGAGAGCCUUUACGUUUGUACACAUUUCGUUUCAUCGGAAAGACGAAAAGCGCGAAGGCCUGGACGUGGUUCUCAAGGCAGUAAACAAGAGUUAUCUCUGGCUCUGUUCAUGGGAUGCAAUGCUCCCUGCAUUCCCUAGGCCUCUGCUUCCCCCUGCUGGCUGACCAGGGGACCUGGUGUGUCCUUUGCAGGUGGCCGAGGCAAAGGCAAGGGCAGGUGAGGCGAAGCAGAGGGCACAGGCCGCGCUGGACAACGCCAAUGCCACCAAAGCCCGGCUGGAGCGCUCCAACAAGGAACUGCGGGACCUCAUCCAGCAAAUCAAGGGGUUCCUGAAUCGUAAGUGCAGGAUAUCGGGCUGCCGCCUACGCCAGUCCCUUAUUUUAUUUUGUUCGAUGUCUUUCUCAAAAAGACAGCUCAUGUAACAUACGGUACAUCACAUGCCGUAAAAUGCCACUUUUAAACGGCUCUCCCCCCCCCCCCCAAAAAAAGAUUUCUGGGAGCUAUAGUUUGUUAAGGCUCCUGAGAGCUGCAAGGAGACCCCAUUAUUCACCCUCACAGAUCAACAAUUCCUAAAGUAGCUGGACAGCCGACCCCUCCUCACAAGGAGCUCUCGCAAAGAAUAAACAAACAAGUGCCCAAAAAAAUUCAGAAAGCAAUCUUAAUGUUGAAAAUAAUAAAACGAAAGCCAGUUACGUUCAUGUUCCUGCCAAAAAGGGAAAGGCAAAAUUCCAUACAAAAAAGUUAAGAAUGCCGCUGCACACCUCCUUAUGCAAGUUCCAGGCAGGGCCGUGGGGCAAGGCAGGUGGACAUAUUUAUCCCUUUAUGGUUCCAGCAGUGUGUGUGUGUGUGUGUGUGUGUGUGUGUGUGUGUGUGCAGUGGGGGGUAUUCAGACAGGGAUGAAAGAAAGCAGGGCAGAGGGGACAUUUGCAGUGGGUCUUGCGAGAAGCAGGGGCUUGCCGUUCUACCCGUCUGUAGCGCUGACUGACCCAUCCCUCACACAGUUGACGGAGCCGACCCUGACAGCAUUGCUCUGGUGGCCUCCCGCGUGCUGGAACUCUCCAUCCCAGCGUCCCCCGCACAGAUCCACCACCUCGCUGAGGAGAUCAAGGAGCGCGUCAGCAGCCUGGCCAAUGUGGACGCCAUCUUGGACCAAACGGCGGGAGAUGUGCGUGUGGCGGGACAGCUGCUGCAAGACGCACGCCGCGCCAAGUGAGUGUGCGAGGGCCGGAGAGGACGUGUGAUGGAGGCUGCUCCUGUCGGACCCAGAGGAGAGGCCAUGGGGACAGAACUGUGCUCCCCUUGGUCCUCCUCCCUCCAUGAGCAGCAACUAGUUACUCAGCAAAGGGAAAGGAAGUUGGGGGAGCGUAGGAGUUUGCUGCGCGGGACCAGCACCCUGUCAGGAGUCUCCACAGCUGCUGUUAAAACCUGAACUGAUGGUGGGCUUAUUAUUAGGUUUGAACGUGGGUUCAAAUCCCCCCUCCUCCAUGAAGCUCACCAUUGGGUCUUAGGCUGAGAGAAAAUAACCUCCUUUGUUAGGUGUAUUGUGAAGUUAAAUGAGGAGAAUUGUGAAGCACUGUGCAUAUCAGAUACUGCUAGAAACAUGGUGAUGAGAGGCCCUUUCAUGUGGCUGUGUUACAGGAGCUGAACAGAGUACAAGGGUGGGGUGGUCACUGUUUGGGCUAGUUUGCCAUCUAGGCUCAAAUACAGGAGUGGUUUAGAUGCAAGGAGGGCCAACUUCUCACUGAUGUGGAGAAACAUGGAGGCAGCUGUACAAUUAGCCUUUCAAAAGCAGCGUAGUACAGUGGUACCUUGGGUUACAUAUGCUUCAGGUUACAGACGUUUCAGGUUACAGACUCUGCUAACCCAGAAAUAGUACCUCGGGUUAAGAACUUUGCUUCAGGAUGAGAACAUAAAUCGUGCAGCAGCAGCAAGAGGCCCCAUUAGUUAAAGUGGUGCUUCAGGUUAAGAACAGUUUCAGGUUAAGAACAGACCUCCAGAACGAAUUAUGUUCUUAACCUGAGGUACCACUGUACAAAACAAAUUAACUAUGCAGAGCUAAAAACCGAACAGCAGGUCAAAAUGGCAAAACUGACCAGAAAGCUCAGGAACCAAAAAGACCAAAACUUUAAUAAAGAACGGGGAAAAUUUACAAUUUACUUGAGAGACCACUGUAAGCAGAUGAAAACAUUAGCAGGAUUGUAAUAAUGUGAUAUAGAAAUUACUAUGGACAAAAUGGAGAGACAUAAAACUUGGAUGAUGAAAUAAUAUACAUUUGAGAAGGUUGAUAAUAGGAUCCAUGGAGGGGAAGGUGGGAAGUCUAGAGAUACAGAGAAAUCUCUAAAUAUGGAUAUGUAUUUGGCAAUGUUAUAACUCUACACUUGUAAAAUCAACUAAAAAAUUAUUUCAAAAAUAAAAACCGAACAGUGGGGAACACAAAUGGUCAGCACAAAAACGUUCAGGGAGAAGCUAAAGCAACCAGAUUCGUUUUCAGGGCUCUCUUUCAUCCAGAGAGAGGGCUUGGCACAGAUCUCGGAGGAGGGGAGGGAGGUAAACUACACCUGUACACAGAGAUCACACCUGGCGAAUGACUGUUCUAUUACUCCCAUGGAUUUGUCAUCCUGGCCAUCGCAGCAGUGGGGAUGCUAGUGCACAUAGCUCUGGGCUCACACUUGCCGCACGUUCUUCCCGUUUGCAGCGCUCGAGCAGAGAGCGUAAAGACUGCAGCCGAAGCAGUGAAGAAGGCUCUGGACGACGCCAAACGGGCUCAAAGAGCCGCCGAGAAAGCCAUCCGCAACGCAGCCAGCGACAUCUACAACACCGAGAAUGUUGUGAAUAGGGUAAGCCCCGUUGCUGUGUGCAGCCCUCCCCUGAAAGUGUACCAGAAUCAAACAUUGAGAAGGACUUGGAACAUAAUUAGGUAAAGGUAAAGGACCCCUGACAGUUAAGUCCAGUCGUGGACGACUCUGGGGUUGCAGUGCUCAUCUCACUUUACAGGCCAAGGGAGCCAGUGUUUGUCUGCAGACAGUUUUUCCGGGUCAUGACUAAAAACCAGCAAAACCAGAGCAGCUCACGGAAACGCCGUUUACCUUCCCACCGGAGUGGUACCUAUUUGUCUACUUGCACUUUGACGUGCUUUCGAGCUGCUAGGUUGGCAGGAGCAGGGACUGAGCAACAGGAGCUCACCCCGUCGCGGGGAUUCGAAUCGCCGACCUUCUGUUCGGCAAGCCCUAGGCUCUGUGGUUUAGACCACAGCGCCAUCCAUGUCCCUUGGAACAUAAUUAGCUGCCCUUAUACCCAGCCAGACCCUGGACAAUUUAGUAUCAGACGCUGCCAUCUCACCGCUCCCCCCUCAUUCUGGAUCGUUUAUAUGAGCCAAGUUGAAAAGCACAGGUCCCAAUAGUGACCUACUUCCUAAAUCUCUCCAUUCGAAGAACUGCCCUUUCAUUCUUACUCUUUGCUUCCUGCAACUUAACCAAUUCCUGAUCCAAAAGAGGACCUCUUCUCUUAUUCCUUGACUGCCACGCUUAGUCGGGAGUCUUUGGUGAGGUACUUUGCUGAAAGCUUUUUGAAAAACCAAGUCCAAAGAAGCAAGGUGAGUAGCACCCUGGAUAGCUCCAAGAAGCAACAAGGCUGAGUGCUUGUCUGCAAUUCCACUUGUCUAGAAAGCAUGGGUCCGAGUGCUUUUUCCACUUGGCCCACUUCUCGCCCCCAGGAAAACCUGCUCUUUAGUGCUAAAUCUGAACAAACAGCAAUCCGUAAAAAAAACACAACCCAGUUGUUUGUUCCAAUCCAGUGCUAACAAUUGAGUUUCCCUGGGGGGAAGCAGUGGCGCAAAUGGAGAUGUGGGCGAACCCUCAGCCUUAAUUAGGCCUACAGCAUCCUUGGAGCAGUUAGCCCCACCCCUGAGGAGUGGAGCCUUUACUUUUAAAGGGGUGGUGUCAAUUUAAUGAGUUAUGGAUUCCAUUGAUACAGUAGAGGCCACGGUGCUGUUAUGGCCUCUGAGCUGGAGCCCUCCGUGCCUCAAAAUGGUAAUGCCAUUGUGGCGUUGGCACUGAGGGCACAUCUGGCAGUAGAAGAGAAGAAGAGUUUGGAUUUGAUAUCCCGCUUUAUCACUACCCUAAGGAAUCUCAAAGCGGCUAACAAUCUCCUUUCCCUUCCUCUCCCACAACAAACACUCUGUGAGGUGAGUGAGGCUGAGAGACUUCAGAGAAGUGUGACUGGCCCAAGGUCACCCAGCAGCUGCAUGUGGAGGAGCGGAGACGCGAACCCGGUUCCCCAGAUUACGAGUCUACCGCUCUUAACCACUACACCACACUGGCUUGUGGAGGGGCACCAGAUGGCUGGUUCAGGGGGCAUCAGAGGCUGGUCCAUGAUGCCCUCUAAAUCCCCUGAGUCGUAACAUCUCCUCAGUGAGGUCAGCGCUCUUGUGUAGGCUGGGGGAGACCCUCCCACAACGGUGAGAUGCAGCAGACCUUCUCCAGCUUCCCAUAUUGCCUCCCUUCAGAUCCAGCAGCAGACUGCAAGCGCUGAAGGUCAGCUGGCUGAAGCCAUGGAGCGCGUGGGUCACCUCGACAAGCAGGUGGAUGCGCUCAAGAUGAAACGGGCCAACAACAGCCUGGCCGCCACGCGAGCUGAGGAGACAGCCAGCGCUGCCAGGGACCGAGCUGGCGAAGCCGAACAGGUACAUGAGGCUGGGCUUGAGAAGGCCCAGGAGUCUGGCAAAGAUGGAUAAGCAUCUGUCUCUUGGGUUAGGACUGAGAGGACAGGUGAAGGAAGCUGCAUUGUGUACACACAGGGUGCGAAUGGGUGGCUGCCCACACAGCAGUGUAAAUUCGAGUUUCAUUUUAUUUUGGAAGGUUUUCUACCAUGUUUCGUCAUACAAGCGCCAGGCAGCUUGCAGUGAAUAAUGCAAAGCAAGUAUUCCUUGUGCAAAUUGGUACUUGGAAAUGCUUAAUAUUCUGUAGCUGGUACUUCAUGUAUCCUCUUCGUCUUGUAAUUUUGGUGACGCUGCUGCCCACUCCAUUUGCUUUUUCAUUUGUUUGGCUCCAGGAAUUCAGUCUUGCUAGUUUCAUCCUAAUGUCUUAAAAAGGUAAAGGGACCCUGACCAUUAGGUCCAGUCGUGGCCGACUCUGGGGUUGUGGCACUCAUCUCGCUUUAUUGGCCGAGGGAGCCGGCGUACAGCUUCCGGGUCAUGUGGCCAGCAUGACUAAGCCGCUUCUGGCGAACCAGAGCAGUGCACGGAAACGCCGUUUACCUUCCCGCCAGAGUGGUACCUAUUGAUCUACUUGCACUUUGACGUGCUUUUGAACUGCUAGGUUGGUAGGAGCAGGGACUGGGCAAUGGGAGCUCACCCCGUCACGGGGAUUCGAACCACCGACCUUCUGAUGUCUUAUAGGUCUUAUAAUAAUAAUAAUGUCUUAUUAGAAACUACCAAGCGCUCCAACAAACUCCCUUUGCUAUAAUACUGAGCUGCAGCACACAAUUGAAAUGUGUUUCCUCCAACGAGCCCAGCCUCACCCCCAGAAUAUCUUCUCCCCGCUUCACCUAACAGGGUUGUUAGGAGGAAAGCUAAGGCUGAGAGAUGGUGACUGGCUGUCAGUUUCUCUGGGUGUUUGUGAUUCCUGCUAAAUUACUCAGAGGGUGAAAUGCUCCUUCACCCAAAUGCUCUGCCAACCACCGUGGCCAAGAGGCAGCUGUGCCUUAAGAGGGACGUCCACCUACUUUUUGAAACUGCAGGCAUGUUACGCAAAACAGGUGGAAAAUAAUCCUUACCUGUCAGAAAAGCAUCAGAGGAGAUUUUGCUGGUGUCUCUCCCGUCACUUCUAUCUUUUGGUAUAUUGGCAGUUUGUUUAUUUUGAUUUUUAAUAUAUCAAUUAAAAUAUUUAUUUUUUUAAAAAAAGGAAGAAAUAAUAAACAGUGGGAUUCAAUUCACCUGUCCCAUCAGUGGAAGGCUUGUGCAACAAGGUUCUAGCUCCUCACCCCACCCCUCUAAUUGGCUUGGGGGCCUGGGUCCUCAGAGAACCCCUGGAACAGCAUGUGGGGCAGUGGGCAGCGGAUCUUUCCACCUGACAAGCUGAAAUGCUUGCCCUGAUGGAACGAUCACCUUAGUGCAACAUUGAUUGCCUCCCAAGGCUGUACCCGCUGUUUCUUACAGUGGUCAACCAGACGCCACAAACAGGAGCUGAGGGCACCACCCUCAGGAGGCAGUGAAAAGCAACAACUCCACCAUCACUGGCCGCUCUCAUCUAUGAUGGCAUUCCUUCCUGGCCUCCUUUACAAGAUUUUAGAAUUCUUAGUUCCUCAAGGCAGGGACUUGUCCCCUUGCACCCUGAAAAGUACUAUACACAUUGAUGUUGCUGUUGAACGAAUGAAUGAAAAUUGGGCUCAGCAAGAUGAUUGGCAUGAACAAAAGUAAUCCACUAAGUCAGGGAUCAGCCUGUCCAGAUAUUGUUUGAACUCCAAUACCCUAUUAGCCCCAGUGAGCAUGGCCAGCGGUCAGGGGUGGUGGGGGUUGUAGCCUGACAACAUCUGGAGGGCCACACAGGUUCCCCCCACCCCUGCACUAAAGUCCUUCCAGAGGAGGCCCAUUUCCUGCCUUUUCUUCCUGCCAUCUUCCUUGCGACGCUCCAGAGAUGGUGGGAAGCAUAACGCCGCUGCACCGAGGCCUGCAGUUCCUGCUCACCGCUUGCCCCUUAUUUCCCGCUGCAUCUCAGUUGCUGGAUGGGACGCUGGGUGACCAGUACCGCACCAUGAAGGACCUAGUGGAACGCAAGGCCCAGCACGUGGUCCGGGCCCGGCAGAAAGCAGAGCGCCUACGGGACGAGGCCAAGGGCCUGCUGCGCGAUGCGCAUGACAAGUUGCAGCGGCUGAGCGGUAAGUGCCCGGGAGAAGGGGGGGAAUAUAUUCUCUGGGGUGGUGUGUGACAUUUCUGGGGGGCCCCCCCAUAAACUGGAUUUCACACAAUUCUGUGCCUUCUAGACAGUAAAUUCUGCAAAUUAUUAUUAUUAUUAUUACUAUUAUUAUUAUUACAGUUGUACCUCAGGUUACAUACGCUUCAGGUUGCAUACGCUUCAGGUUACAGACUCCGCUAACCCACAAAUAGUGCUUCAGGUUAAUAAUAAUAAUAAUUUUUAUUUAUACCCCGCCCUUCCCAGCCAAGGCCGGGCUCAGAGCGGCUUACAAGCAAUAAUAAGAACAAGUUAAAUGAUUACAACUUAAAAACAAAAUUAAAAAAUGCAACAUUAAAAUAUUGAAACAUUAAAAUAUUAAAAUGUAGUUAAGAACUUUGCUUCAGGAUGAGAACAGAAAUCGUGCUCCGGCGGCGCGGCAGCAGCAGGAGGCCCCAUUAGCUAAAGUGGUGCUUCAGGUUAAGAACAGUUUCAGGUUAAGUAUGGACCUCUGGAACAAAUUAAGUACUUAACCUGAGGUACCACUGUAUUAUUAUUACCACCCUGCCCAUCUGGUUGGGUUUCUGCAGCCACUUUGGGCGGCUCCCAACAGAAUAAUAAUAAUAAUAAUAAUAACAAUAAUAUUAAUAAUAAUAAUACUGACAAAACAUCAAAGAUUAAAAGCUUCCCUAAACAGGGCUGCCUUCAGAUGUUUUCUGAAAGUCAGACAGUUGUUUAUUUCCUGUCAUCUGAUGAGGUGGCAUUGCACAGGACAGGCGCCACUACUGAAAAGGCCCUCUGUCUGGUUCCCUGUAACCUCACUUCUUGCAGUGAGGGAACCGCCAGAAGGCCCUUGGAGCUGGACCUCAGUGUCCGGGCUGAAUGAUGGGGGUGGAGACGCUUCUUCAGGUAUACUGGGCCAAGGCCACAUGAACUAGUUUCAUUUGGUUUGUACGCCGCUUCCAAAAUCUAGGUUUGGUUUUUUGUUUUUUUUAUAAAAUAUUUAUUAGGAUUUUUAAAAAAUAUUACAAUAAAAAAUGAAAAAGAAAAACAAAAUAAAAAUAAAAAUGAUUAAAAACACUCAAAUUUUCCAUUGCUUAUUUUUCCUUAGCUUGUUUCCCGGACCUCCUCAUACCUCCCUUUUUUGUAUUCCAGUUCAAUUUGUUGGUUCAGCAAAUCCUUACCCUCUUUAUUUAUCCUAAUCUUUGGUCUUAAAAUAGUAACGUUAGAUUUUUACCUCUUAACAACCCAUUUUUCAUAUUCCCUUAAAGCAUUACAGCUAGAAACCACUUCAUUUCUAUCCAACAUCGUUCUAACAUUCAUUAAUUUUACAAUAUUUCUGUAGAUAGUCUUUGAACUUCUUCCAAUCUUCUUCCACCGACUCUUCUCCCUGGUCUCAGAUUCUGCCAGUCAUUUCUGCCAGUUCCAUAUAGUCCAUCAGCUUCAUCUGCCAUUCUUCCAGAGUGGGUAAAUCUUGUGUCUUCCAAUACUUUGCAAUGAGUAUUCUUGCUGCUGUUGUGGCAUACAUAAAAAAGGUUCUAUCCUUCUUUGGCACCAAUUGACCGACUAUGCCUAGGAGAAAGGCCUCUGGUUUCUUCAAGAAGGUAUAUUUAAAUACCUUUUCAGUUCAUUAUAUAUCAUUUCCCAGAAAGCCUUAAUCCUUGGGCACGUCCACCAAAGGUGAAAGAAUGUACCUUCAGUUUCUUUACAUUUCCAUCAUUUUUUUUCGGGCAAUUGAUUGAUUUUUGCUAAGCUUGACUGGUGUCAUGUACCACCUGUAUAUCAUUUUCAUAAUAUUCUCUCUUAAGGCAUUACAUGCCAUAAACUUCAUACCUGUGGUCCAUAACUGUUCCCAGUCAGCCAUCAUUAUGUUAUGUCCAACAUCUUGUGCCCAUUUAAUCAUAGCAGAUUUCACCGUUUCAUCCUGAGUAUUCCAUUUCAACAGCAAGUUAUACAUCUUUGACAAAAUCUUAGUUUUGGGUUCUAAUAGUUCUGUAAUUUUGAUUUUUCCACCUGGAAACCAAUUUUCUUAUCCAGAUUAUAUGCCUCCAUUAUCUGAUAAUAAUGAAGCCAGUCUCGCACAUUGUUUUUUAAUUUCUCAAAACUCUGCAAUUUCAGUCCAUCUCCGUCUUGUUCCAAAAUUUCCCAAUAUUUCGGCCAUUUGGCCUCCAUAUUGAGCUUUUUCAGAGCUUUUGCUUCCAUCGGUGACAGCCACCUUGGAGUUUUAUUUUCCAAUAAGUCCUUGUAUCUUAUCCAAACAUUAAACAAUGCUUUCCUGACAAUGUGAUUUUUAAAUGCUUUAUGUGCUUUGACCUUAUCGUACCACAGAUAUGCAUGCCAUCCAAAUACAUUGUUAAAACCUUCUAAAUCCAAAAUGUCAGUGUUUUCAAGAAGCAACCAUUCUUUCAACCAGCAAAAAGCUGCUGAUUCAUAGUAAAGUUUAAAGUCUGGCAGGGCAAAUCCACCUCUUUCCUUUGCAUCUGUUAAUAUUUUAAAUUUUAUUCUAGGCUUCUUGCCCUGCCAGACAAAUUUAGAAAUAUCUCUCUGCCACCUCUUGAAACAGUCCAUUUUGUCCACAAUUUGCAAUGUUUGAAACAAAAACAACAUUCUAGGCAAUACAUUCAUUUUUACCGCAGCAAUACAGCCCAGCAGUGAAAGCUUCAAAUUUGUCCAAAUUUCUAAAUCUUUUUUUCACUUCAGCCCAGCAUUUUUCAUAGUUGUCUUUAAAUAAAUUCCCAUUUUUUGCUGUCAUGUUAAUCAUGUUAACAUAACAUGCCAAAAUCUAGGUUUCGAAAGAUUCUCUCCAUCACCAUCACACACAAAUAGAUUGAGGUGAUGGAACCAGGGAGAGAGAGUAGGCAGGAGAAGGACAGGGAGCUACACGAGAUGCCGAAACUGCUCUUUGAUUGUGGGAAGCCCUGCCCAGCCCUGCCUUUUGGUGUCUUCAGUUUGCUUAUUUACUUAUUUUAUGUAUGCAUAAAUUUCCAUGGUGCUAAACCAAGAAGGGGGCUGAUCUUCUCAAAGCAGUGUGCAUAAAAUCAAAAUUAAAAACCUAAAAAGACAAAGCUCGGAAUAACAUAAAACCGAGUCACGUGGCAGGGCAAGUUUAUGUGAAUAAAAAUGUUCUAAACUGAAAUCUAAAAACUAAACACUGAAGCUGCCUGCCUAAUAUACAGAGAAAUCCACAAUACAAGUGGAAUUUCAUCAGGCUGCCCACGCGUUUCCAUUUCCAUCUCUCUUGUUGCGUUAUGGAGGAUAGAACUGUAAAGAGCCAUUUCCGUUUAGAAAGCUGAUAAAUCCCCCAAAGAUCCCCAUUUGUGACACAGGACACGCUUGGGUAGAAAACCUGCGAACAGGCAGAACCCAGCAAGCCCUGGAUGUGGCAGCUAGACUGGUGACUGGGAGUGGCCGCCUGAACCACAUAACACCGGUCCUGAGAGAUCUGCAUUGGCUCCCAGUACGUUUCUGAGCACAAUUCAAAGUGUUGGUGCUGACCUUUAAAGCCCUAAACGGCCUCGGCCCAGUAUACCUGAAGGAGCAUCUCCACCCCCAUCGUUCAGCACUGAGAUCCAGUGCCAAGGGCCUUCUGGCGGUUCCCUCAUUGCGAGAAGUAAGGUUACAGGGAACUAGACAGAGGGCCUUCUUGGUAGUGGCACCUGGAGCUGGAUUGGGUGGCUCCUGUGGACCAAUCAGACUGCUGCAUUCUGGAUCCUCUUGUUCUAGGACCAAUCAGACUGCUGCAUUCUGAAUCCUAAUGUUCUAGGACCAAUCAGACUUAUGCAUUUUGGAUCCUAUUCACUCAGUACAUAACAAAGGGCUUCCACUUGCGCCACAGAACUUUCUCUACCCUCCCGUCCCAAAUCUGUUCUGGGGAUCUGGAGUGGAUUUGCUGUUGGGGGGGGGGGAGAGAGCAUACAAGGAGAGGCUGACUGUGACCUCCUUGUCUGGAACUGCGACAGAGACACCAACGUGGAACUGUCCCUUCAGAGGCAGGUUUCAGGGAGGGGACGGUUUUAGCAGCCCAUCUUUCCCUUAACUUUCCUCCGUUUUGUUGCUGCAAUUCUCCUCCUCCCUGUCCCUAUUCAGCGCUGGAAGAAACGUAUGAAGAAAACGAGAGGCUCCUGCAGGAGAAAGCGGCCCAACUGGACGGGCUUGAGGCCAAGAUGAGGGUCAUCUUGGGAGACAUCAAUCAGCAGAUCCAAAUCUACAACACCUGCCAGUGAUGCGCCGUGCUUCUCUCUCUCUCUCUUCUCCCUUACCCACUCCCAUUUUGUAAGUCCUAUUCACUGCUGCCAGUCAUGUGUUUGAAUAAGUCUUGGCUACCCCUGCCUAGAUCUAGCUUAGUGCCCGGAGCACCGCUUCCUGUGGCUCUCCCUUGCCACCAUUGCUUGACUCUCACCCCAGCCUUCGUGGAAGCACAGCACUGCAUACAUCAAGGCUUCCUUAGGAAAAUCCCUUCCCUGCAACAUCUGGCACGUAAGGAAGCACUUAAGAUGCCAUAGCGGAAUUUUCCCGUUCUGGUUUUCUGCUGGUCUCUUGCUCAGAGCAAUAACAGAACAGGGGAAGGGUUGCUGCAUUGCCGUGCCUGUGUGUGAUCUGCCCCAACCAAGGUGGCUUACACCUGUGUGUGAAUAAAGGCCCAAAGGCUAUUGCUCUCUG